GGGUGGGAGGGAGAGGGUCACAGAGGAAGUCAGACAGACAGAGAGAGAGAGAAAGGACCCAGGAAAGCUGACCUGACUGCGACCCACCCACCCAAAUCCAUUUUGCAUUCUCCUUUGUCAGUUUCACCUGGCCAGGUCGCAGGUCUUUUUGCUCCGCGCUCCCCCCACACUUUCUGGACACACCUCCCUCCUCCUUCUCCCAACCCCCCUCCCUUAAAAAAAACAAAACCCGAGCAUCCUUUCUUAUCUCCCCCCCCCACCUCCCCCUGCUGGAGUCUCACGGGUACCGCGGAGGGGAAGUCCUCCGCGCCCUCGGCAUGAAAAUGAUGGCAGGAGGUUCGGUGCACCAGAACGGUAUCUUCCCCUCGGCAGCUCCUCAGCAGCAGCAGCAGCAAGGGGGGCCCCAGCCGCAGCAGCAGCAGCAGCCCCCCCAAGCCCCUCCGCAGUCCCACAUGGAUUCCGACCCUCCCGACUCUAGGAAAAGGCCGCUGGAGACCCCCACCGAAGCCAUCAGCACCAAAAGGAGCAACACCGGAGGUGAGUGGACUUGGGGGGGGGGAGGGGCUGGCAGCCAGGGAGGCUGCCAAGGGGCAGGAAGUCAGGGGUGACCAAGGCCUCCCCCCCCCCAAGACAUAUGCACACACUCCCGGUCCACUUCGCGUAUGUGUGCACUGCAAGCGGGGUGGUCUGGGGCGCAGGGCGGCUCUAGGGAUAUCCAGGCACCAAAAAGCACCUCGGUCUCCCAGAGGCCUCUUCCUUCAAGCUACUUGUCUGCUGCCUCCCCCCACCCCAAAAUCUGCCCUGCAAAGCAGCCCCCUCCCCGAUACCUCCGGACAGCCAUAUAUCUCCAUCCUUUUCAGGCGCCUCUUCCCUUAAGCAGCCCCAUCCCUCCUAAUGCCAACCUGAGCCAGAAUUUGCACCUCUGCACCAAAACUGACCCCCCCAUUAAAAAAAAAACCACCCAUGUUUGAACCCGGCUCCCUCCCCAUGCCUGUCUCCACCUGUCCCCAUCCACCUCUCCAUCUUCCUUUUGUGGAUUUGCCCUCUUCUCCUUAUUUUCAUUGGGGGGGUGUUCUUUGCCACACCCCAAAGGAAGCAAUUUGCUCCCCUUUUAGCUCUACCCCCCCUGCAAUAAAAACAGGGGGUUAUCUCCUCUUUUACAACGUGGAAUUCAAAAAGAUGGGUGUCCUUUUCUCCCAGUCCAGCACUGCCUCUCUGCCCCGUAAGGUUUUCAGGGGAUAUGAUUCAAUCUGUUCUUCACCUUUAUCCUCACAAACAGUCCCCCUUGUGAUUUUUAAAUUCUAGAUUUUUACAGCCCAGCCGAGGGGAUCCUUUGCAAUGUGUCCGUCCCCCCAACUCAGAAGGCGUGUGGCAGCGGAGUGCAGAAAAUAUAAGCUCCCCCUAAAAAUGCACAUUUCUCUGCAAAGAUUUUACUAGUCUAUGCAGCUGGUUAUGUCAAAAUGGAGUCUGUUAGAAUAACUGUCUGUUUCCAGGGAAGAGGGGAAAGGAGUGGAGAUAUUCCGCCCCCCCCCCACCGCUCACACACAUAUAGACUAUGGAAAACCUGUCAGCCCCCUUCCUCUCCUCCCCCCCCUUCCAUGACUGUCUGCUUGAGGAAAUGAAGAGGGGAAGGAUGUGAAAAUCUGGACUCAAAAGAGGAUGCAGGCAGCUGGGUUGUUGAAAAGGACACUGUUUGAUCCAGGGAUUUGUGGGGCGCUGGAGACAGAGGGAAAGGGGGGGGGCAGAAUAAUGUCAAUAGAGUAUUGGGGGGGGGAGAAAAAGAGAGAAGAUUCAGGAUUUGUGAGCAUUUCUUGAUUUUUUUUUUUUUAAAUAUAUGUACGCAAAAGGGCUUUAAAAAUGCAAAUGGUCAUUCCUGGCGCCUGAAUUUCGGUUGACACUAAAGCUGUGUAAAAAUAGGGAUUUGCAAAAGCGGCUCUCUCUGUGUCUUUCUCUGACUCACCCAUCUGGGCUCCUUUUGUGAAGGACGACUUCACUUAUUCUGCUGUUUCUGAGCCGAUAGCAGUAGCUGCGUGUCGGCUCUGUGCCUGCUGGACUCCUUUUAAGUAUCAUCAUCAUCCUCAUUAUUAUUAUUAUUAUUUAUUAUGUACUAAUAAUUGGACCUGGUUCCGUUUUUAUUGCUUGCGCGUUGAUGAACGUAUGAAGGCGUGCGCUCUCUCUCUCUCUCUCUCUCUCUCUCUCUCUCUCUCUCUCUCUCACACACACACACACACACACACCCCAUCACCCUCCAGAUGUAAUUAACAUUUCGAGAUGCUUUUGAGCUUCAGCGUUAGGACAAGAAGCAAUAAAUAUUGCGUCUGAAAGAGCCCCGGGGUCCUCUGGGGAAAUCGACCUCCUUUAUGACAGCGUCGCUGAUGGGACUAAUGGAGCAACUGGAAUAAAUAAAAUGGGGAAAGGCGCGGGGGGGGGGGCGGACUUAUUGUUUUCUGUGUGUGUGUGUUUCAUGUUUAAGAAAGAAGGAAGGAAUGGGGGGGGUGGAGAGGAGAAGGUGAGCAAAAAGGAACGAAGAUCUGGCGAUAUUCUAAGCAUGCCUUCGUAGGCGGGUUGCGUUGGAGGAGGAGGCGAUGGGGAAAUCGCUUGGCCGGGGGGGGGUUGCAGCAGGAGCCUGACAGCCACAUAUUUCAGGCUGGCGCUUUGGCUGCCUUGCCCCCCCCUCCCACCGCACCCCUUUGCCAACCAAUCCCACCUUUGCUGCUCAGGGUGCCGCGUUUUCUCCCCGUUUCCAAACGGUGCCCCUACCUCUCCGCCGUCGCCCCCGUUUGGGGUUCGCUGCCCGUGAUGGAUUUGGGGAGGGAGGGGGAAGAAGGAGAAGCAUUGAUGGCAUUGCAGGGGGAGUGGGGUGGGGAGGAGUGUGACGGAGAUGGAGGGGGACGCCUUAGUGGUACCUAGUGUGCAUCGCCAAAGGACACCGAUUGCCGAGGAAAUGCGCAAGAGCGAAAGUCACGCAGGCCUGGCGGCGGCGGCAGCAACGGCGGCCCAGCCGGGAGGUUAGCAAAGCGCCUGGGUGCUGGAGUGCCCGCUUGUGUGUGCGUGUGUGUGUGUGUGCAUGCGUGUGCGCCUCAGUGUGCCACAGCUCACGCGCGGGUGAAGGUCAAACUGGGUGGGCUGUUUUGUCCUUACAAAGUUUGGGUGUUUGAUUUUCAGCCAGAGCAUCCUGGAGGAUGGAGAGGGGGGGACGGUACCCAACAAUUCUUGCGCCUACGAUCUGAUUCAUCCCUGCUCCUGAUGGGGGAACAGGCAGGUUUUAUGGAGUCCUUGGGGACUUCCACAGAGACCAGGAUGUCCCCUCCACUCUCUGCUGGUGAAGCCUAGGCCUUCCCAGCUGUGGGGACGUCACCAGCCGGACUGGGCUGGCCGGCCUCUGGCUGCAGGCCUUUGUGACACACUUGACGGGUUCCCCCAGGCCUGCUUGGGUGGCUGAGAAGGGUGCCAGGCCUUGAGAGACGGGGUUUAGGGCACGAUGAGGCCUAGCGGCAUGCGGAAGCGUUUUCUGCCGCAAUUGUUAUGCGUGGCACUCUAGACAGAGCUUUCCAGCUUUGGCUUGCAAUGGGCCGGGCCAGAGGUCAAGGUUAGGGCUUGGGGCGCGAGUUCAGUUCCUGCUAUCCCUGGGUGACCUUGGCAGGGAGGGUGGGUGGGUGGUGGUCAAUGCGUUUCUCCUUCACGCUGCCAGCGUGGCAAAAGCUCCGCGUUCCGAGCGCCGAGCAUAAAAUGGGUUACGACAGCCUGAUGGAGCAGGGAGUCGCGUUGCCUGUCAUACCCCCCCAAAAAAAAUUGGCUGCAAAAAAACAGCUCCUCCCCAUCCCAUGCUCUCAGUGGUGCUCCAGUUUCCAAGACAAAAGACCCAAAGGGGUUCUGGGCCUUUUUUUCCAGGGGUGGGUCUGUGGCAAUUUGGAACUGGAAUUGAGAGUGGGGUGGGGAGCGGGCAAAUGCCCUCAGGUCUACGAGCACGACAGAGACACACCUGUUCGAGUUGGUUGUCAGAAACCCAGGGAAGUGGGUGCUCUUUGCAACCCCACAGCAAGUGGGAAAACAAAGCUUAGGGAACCUGGCUCAGCUCAAAACCCAAAACCCAAACACCUUAAAGGACCAUGACCAAAUGAAGCAAGCAGGUCGGUGGGAGCUCUCCAGCAUUUUGCACCGAGCUAUUAAUUUAGCAGGGACGCGGGGCUUGCCGAUCAGAAGGUCGGUGGUUCGAAUCCCUGCGACGGGGUGAGCUCCCGUUGCUCGGUCCCUGCUCCUGCCAACCUAGCAGAUCGAAAGCACGUCAAAGUGCAAGUAGAUAAAUAGGUACCACUCCGGCGGGAAGCUAAACUGCGUUUCCGUGCGCUGCUCUGGUUCGCCAGAAGCGGCUUAGUCAUGCUGGCCACAUGACCCGGAAGCUGUAUGCCGGCUCCCUCAGCCAAUAAAGCGAGAUGAGCGCCGCAACCCCAGAGUCGGCCACGACUGGACCUAAUGGUCAGGGGUCCCUUUACCUUUACCUUAUUUAUUGAGCAUUAAUUCUGACUGGUUUGCAGGGAGGUUAGACAAAGCAGAGUCAAAGCAAGUGUUAUAUCCCACACAUAUAGCCCAGCGCAAUUUCCCCGUCGCUUUUUAUAUGGCAUGAGGUCUGAUCCUUUGUGAAAGAGGGGUUUGUUGCUCAUGACGUGCCGGUUAACUGUCACGGCGCAGCCUGAGUGUGUUGGUAUGUGACUGAAUCCCGACCCCAAAACAGCGACAGUAUGGAAGCCGCUUUGGUCUCACUUGUCUGUCUGUCUUUCUGUCUGCCUCCCGGGCAAUGGGAGGGUUAUACACCAUGCAAUCCACUCUGGGCUCUUACAGAACAAAUUCAUUCCCUUGCGGCCAAAGCAGCUGACCCAGAGAAGCAAAGUUGUAUGUUGAUAAAAUCACCAGGGUUGUGGCACAUAGAAUCCUAGAACUGUAGAGUUGGAAGGGACCACGAGGGUCAUCUAGUCCAACCCCCUGCAAUGCAGGAAUCUUUUGCCCAAUGUGGGGCUCGAACCCACAACCCUGAGAUUAAGAAUCUCAUGCUCUACCAACUGAGCACUGUGUAGUGGUUAGAGCAGGGGUCAGCAAACUUUUUCAGCAGGGGGCUGGUCCACUGUCCCUCAGACCUUGUGGGGGGACCGGACUAUAUUUUUUGGGGGGAAAUGAACGAAUUCCUGUGCCCCACAAAUAACCCAGAGAUGCAUUUGAAAUAACAGGACACAUUCUACUCAUGUAAAAACACACUGAUUCCCGGACCAUCCGCAGGCCGGAUUUAGAAGGCGAUUGGUCCGCAUCCGGCCACUGGGCCUUUGUUUGCCUACCCAUGGGUUAGAGUGUCAGAAUAGGACCCGGGAGACCAGGGUUCAAAUCCCCUGAAAUUCACGGAAUAUGGCCUUGGGGGCCAUUCGCUGCCUCUCAACCUAGCCUACCUCACAGGAUUGUUGUGUAGAUUAAUGAGGAGAGGGAGAACUAUGUCUGUUCCUCGGAGGAAAUAAAUGCAGUCAAUUUGACCAAGGAAUCAAUAAGUUUGGCUCCCAGCAGCUCCUCUGCUGGUACACAGGAUGAGCGUCUUCGGAAAGGAGGGUCAUGUCUCCCCCAGGAGACAUGGUGGCAAAGGCUGCCAAGAUGUUUCGUUCAGCAGUGGGAUGCUCAAACUGAACGAGUGCAGCAAAAGCGUGGCACUUUAUAGCAGGCGACAGCAGGGGAUUGGCUGUUUGGGGUCACGUGAUUCCCAGACUCCCCCAGGGCGGUUCUGGGUUGUGUUAGCAUCGCAGCUUGAGGUGCUUGCCGUUUCCUCCUCCAUUCAGGGGAGUCUCAGCGCCCAAAGUCUGGGGCUCCUUUGGCAGACCCAGUUUUGGAAAUGAAGCUGAGAGUGUGUGGGGGAAUUUGGUUGUGGGGAGGCAAGCUGCACAUUUCUGAGCACAAUUCAAAGUGUUGGUGCUGACCUUUAAAGCCCUAAAUGGCCUCAAAGACCCAGUAUACCUGAAGGAACGUCUCCACCCCCAUAGUUCUGCCCGGACACUGAGGUCCAGCGCCGAGGGCCUACUGGCGGUUCGCUCCCUGCGAGAAGCUAGGUUGCAGAGAACCAGGCAGAGGGCCUUCUUGGUGGUGGCACCUGCCCUGUGAAAUGCCCUCCCACCAGAUGUCAAGGAAAUAAACAACUAUCUGACUUUUAGAAGACAUCUGAAGGCAGCCCUGUUUAGGGAAGUUUUUAAUGUUUGAUGGACUACUGUAUUUUAAUAUUUUGUUGGAAGCCGCCCAGAGUGGCUGGGGAAACCCAGCCAGAUGAACGGGGUAUAAAUAAUAAAUUAUUAUUAUAUUAUUACUUCAUGGGCUGCAUCCUGCAUUUGAAAAUAAGCGUUUGGGUGGAGCCGUGUACCAUCUCGGCUGAAGCCCUGGGUAAAGUGUAGACAUCAUGGUUGUGAGAUACAGUGGUACCUCAGGUUACAUACGCUUCAGGUUACAGACUCCGCUAACCCAGAAAUAGUACCUCGGGUUAAGAACUUUGCUUCAGGAUGAGAACAGAAAUCGGGCAGCGGCGGCACGGCAGCAGCGGGAAGCCCCAUUAGCUAAAGUGGUGGUUCAGGUUAAGAACAGUUUCAGGUUAAGAACGGACCUCCGGAACAAAUUAAGUACGUAACCAGAGGUACCACUGUAUAAUAAAAAGGUGCAGGAAAAGGCAAGCAAAGUUAUCUAGGUGCUCCUAACCCCAACCAAGUUUGGAAACUUCAGCUAGUGCAGAAUUCAGUCGCCAGGUCGCUCACCGGAGCAAGACGGUUUGAGCAUAUUACACCGAUCCUGGUCUGACCCCACUGGCUGCCAAUUAGUUCCCGGGCCCAAUUCAAAGUGCUGGUUUUGACCUACAAAGCCUUAAACGGCUCAGGACCGCAAUACCUCAAGAACCGCAAGAAGAUAGAGAGCCAGUGUGGUGUAGUGGUUAAGAGCGGUAGUCUCGUAAUCUGGUGAACCGGGUUCGCUUCCCCGCUGCUCCACAUGCAGCUGCUGGGUGACCUUGCGCCAGUCACACUUCUUUGAAGUCUCUCAGCCCCACUCACCUCACAGAGUGUUUGUUGUGGGGGAGGAAGGGAAAGGAGAAUGUUAGCUGCUUUGAGACUCCUUAAAGGGAGUGAAAGGCGGGAUAUCAAAUCCAAACUCUUCUUCUUCUUCUUCUUUCCAUAUGAACCUCCCCUGACCCUGAGAUCAUCUUCUGAGGCCCUCCUUCGUGUGCCUCCUCCUCAAGACAUCUGGAGGGUGGCAACACAAAAACGGGGCCUUCUCUGCAGUGGCUCCCCGUCUGUGGGCUGCUCUCCCCAGGGAAGUUCGCCUGGCACCUUCAUUAUACACCUUUAGGUGCCUGGCAAAAACAUUCGUUUUUAACCAGGUCUUUGGGUGAUCUGAUUUACAUCGUAUGCCCUUUUAAAAUGUGGUUUUUUUGAGGGGGGCUAUUGGGUUGUUGUUUUUAUUUUUAUUAGGUAUUUUGUGGUUUUAUAUCUUCAUUUUAUUCUGUGAACCGCCCUGAGACUCUUCGGGUAUAAGGUGGUAUAUAAUUCAAUAAAUAAUAAUAAUAAAACCUCUUAGACAAGGAAGGGCGAAGCUGUGGUUCUGCUGAUAUCCCCUCAGUCCCUCCCAGCACAAUGAAGGAUCAUGGGAGUUGUAGUCCGACAUCAUCUACAGCCCCACAGAGUCUCCAUCUCUGUCCUAGAGUCAUCGCCAUGGGGUGCCCUGUAAAGAUCUGUGGCCCUCGAUGGCACCCUAUUCCCUUCUCCUGGAUUUUCAGCAGUCUUUUUUUAAAAAAGCUGAACUUAUAAGUCCUCCUUAGGGAGGUUUAAGGAGAUUUUUCGAGGCAGAAUUUUAAGAAGAAAUCUUGCUCUCGCCUUCCUGGGUUCUGGCUAUUGAAAUCCAAAGAUGAGGAUUAGUCUGUUUAUUUUUUUAUUUUAAUAAUAAUAAUAAUAAUAAUUUAUUUGUACCCCGCCCAUCUGGCUGCGUUUCCCCAGCCACUCUGGGCGGCUUCCAUAGAAACAAAAAAUACACUAAAAUAUCACACAUUAAAAACUUCCCUGAACAGGGCUGCCUUGAGAUGUCUUCUGAAUGUCAGGUAGUUGUUUAUCGCUUUGACAUCUGAUGGGAGGGCGUUCCACAGGGCGGGCGCCACUACCAAGAAGGCCCUCUGCCUGGUUCCCUGUAACUUGGCCUCUCGCAGUGAGGGAACCGCCAGAAGGCCCUCUGCGCUGGACCUUAGCGUCCGGGCAGAACGAUGGGGGUGCAUUUCCCCCCAAUAAUAUGCAAUAAAAAUACAUUUCCCCCCAAUAAUAACCUUUAAAUUAAAGUUAAUCUUCAGGCCCACUGCCACCCAACCACGUUGCAUCUCCCUGCUUUUUUAUGUAACCUGUUGCCUGGAACUUCUUUUGUACAAGGGGACUGUCAACCUGAGCUUUCCUUCCUCCCCAAGGAGGAAGAGACUUCCCCAGAUCAAAUCCUUUCCUGUCCAGAGAGAGGCAGCUUUUCAUAUUUAAUCUCGCCGCCCAUCUACCCUGCCUGCCACGAUCGCGUAUUAGCGGGAGGGUGGCAGUGGAACCGGGGGGGCGGGCAGAAAAAAAGAGACUGUGAUACUUGGCUCAUUGUUGAUCUCAGGAUUUGCAGUUGCAGAUCAGAGGCCUUGCAGCGGUUUGCAGCUGUUCCGCGAGAAGCUUUGCUUUUUUGGAGGGGGGGGAGAGGGGGGGAAGACAAUAAUCAUUUUAGCUUAGACGUAACCAAUCUGGGGCUAAACAAUUCUACUUGCCGCCCCCUCUCCGUGUCAGCUGCAUCACUCUUGAUUUCAGAGGCUCAGCUGCCAUCAGAUCAGAUGGGAGAGCAGUAGAGGCCAGGAUUGAACCUGACCUACUUUUGCAAACCGGAGGGAGAGCGCGUUGACCCAGGAACUACCGAAAGGCCACUCCAGCAGCUCCCAGUCGAUGCUCACCUGCUCCUCUGCUGCCCACAUCAUACUAAUUUCUCCACCGUUUAUCUAAACUUCUUUUCUCUCCCUCCCGUCUCUGGAUUUUUUAAAAAAGAGGUCUCAGCAGGAGGACUGGGAAAGCCUCCUUAACCCAACCUGGUGUCAUCAAGCUGUUUUGGGUGCCCUCGCAGACUGUCUCUGUUUUAAGCUGGGAUUCAGAUACAAACCAGCCACGUUGUGCUAUUGGCAUUGAUUUGGAGCUCUUCUGCAACAAACCAGCUCCGCUCCACUUUUUGCUGUAAGGAAAGUGAUGGAGAAAUGUCCUGGAAAGUACAGGGUAACAUUUGGUUUGGUGUGGUGCCAUCGAACUUCCCCAUAGAUGAGUCAGAACGAGUGCUCAGUAAAUCGCCAUUCUCCCUGCAAACCAACAAGGAUGAAUCCUCAGUGAAGAGGUCACCUAGAAGUGACCUUGGACUACAAAUCCCAUCAGACCCUGGAGAUUAUGGGAGUUGUAUUCCAGAACCUGUGAAGGGCAGCAGGUAGGCAAAGGCCUAGAUCCACCAUCAGUAAUGGGCCAGAAGGACGAGGGAUCUGACUCACUACCCAAGGCACCUUCAAGUGCUCAUGUGUUAAAGCAACAACAACAACUGUUGUUGUUGUUGUUGUUGUUGUUGUUGUUGUUGUUGUUAAUACCCUGUCCAUUGGGCCGGGCCUCUCCUGCCACUCUGGGCGGCUUCCAACAGUAUAUUAAAAACACAAUAAAAUAUCAAACAUGGAAACUUCCCUAAACAGGGCUGCCUUCAGAUGUCUUCUAAAAGCCAGAUAGUUGUUUAUUUCCUUGAUAUCUGAUGGGAGGGCGUUCCACAGGGUGGGCGCCACUACCGAGAAGGCCCUCUGCCUGGUUCCCUGUAACCUCACUUCUCACAGGGAGGGAACUGCCAGAAGACCUUCGGAGCUGGACCUCAGUGUCCAGGCAGAACGAUGGGGGUGGAGACGCUCCUUCAGGUAUACUGGGCCGAGGCUGUUUAGGUCUUUAAAGGUCAGCACCUAUAAAGGCUUUUUUUAAAAAAAAAGUCCCAAAAUGCAUAUUCUGAGGGAAAAUGCAUACCAAAAUGCAUGUUUUGGAGCAAAAUGCCUACAGAAAUAUGAAUUUUCACGCAUUUGAACAACAGUCACAGUAUGAUGUAGAAACAGGGCAGGAGAAAGUUAGGAAUGUUGUUGUUUAGUCGUUUAGUCGUGUCCGACUCUUCGUGACCCCAUGGACCAGAGCACGCCAGGCACUCCUGUCUUCCACUGCCUCCCGCAGUUUGGUCAAACUCAUGCUGGUAGCUUCGAGAACACUGUCCAACCAUCUCAUCCUCUGUCAUCCCCUUCUCCUUGUGCCCUCCAUCUUUCCCAACAUCAGGGUGUUUUCCAGGGAGUCUUCUCUUCUCAUGAGGUGGCCAAAGUCUUGGAGCCUCAGCUUCAGGAUCUGUCCUUCCAGUGAGCACUCAGGGCUGAUUUCCUUUAGAAUGGAGAGGUUUGAUCUUCUUGCAGUCCAUGGGACUCUCAAGAGUCUCCUCCAACACCAUAAUUCAAAAGCAUCCAUUCUUCGGCGAUUAGCCUUCUUUGCGGUCCAGCUCUCACUUCCAUACAUCAAUACAGUGGUACCUCGGGUUAAGAACUUAAUUUGUUCUGGAGGUCUGUUCUUAACCUGAAACUGUUCUUAACCUGAAGCACCACUAUAGCUAACGGGGCCUCCCGCUGCCGCCACCACGCAAUUUCUGUUCUCAUCCUGAAGCAAAGUUCUUAACCCGAGGUACUAUUUCUGGGUUAGCGGAGUCUGUAACCUGAAGCGUCUGUAACCUGAAGUGCCUGUAACCCGAGGUACCACUGUACUUAGGAGUAAAGAUUUGCAAAACUGGCACGGACUGGACAUGAAGCUCCCAUCUCACCCUCAAGAGCCAAUUUAGACCUGAGAUCUUGCCUCUCGCCCAACUGGCAGGGGGUCUCUCCACUGUCUGAGGUUUUCUGCAGUUGUGCUCAUUGGGCCUUUAUGAGGCGAUGUCAGGAACUGGAUCUGGGACCUUCGGCAAGCAGAGCAAAAGCUCUGCCACUGAGCUAAUCCGCCUGCCUCAAUUUCUGAGCGUCAGCGGCUGAUCACAACCAGACAACCAGAUGCCCGUGGAAAGCUUGCAUUCCGGGCCUGAGCAUAACAGCACUCUCUUGUCCUGCAGUUUCCGGCAACUGGUAUUCAGAGACGCGCUACCUUCCACACUGCAAAUACAUAGGAAGUACACUGAAGCUAUUGGGUCAGCCCAUUGGUCCAUCUAGCCUAGUAGUGUCUUCAUGGACCACUAGCAGCUGUCCAGGGUUUCAAGCUGGGAAUCUUAUCCCAGCCCUACCUGGGGACGGAAGUCCCACCUCUUCCCUCGUGACACAGAGUUAAAGGCGGAGCCAUACCUGGCAGGUGGAUCUUGUGCCAGACAGGCUGAUCUUGCAGCUGGGGAGUCUGGCUGUUAUGUACUGAGUUGAAUAGGAUCCAAAAUGUAGCAGUCUGAUUGGUCCUAGAACAAUAAGGUCCAGAAUGCAGCAGUCUGAUUGGUCCACAGGAGUCACCCAAUCCAGCUCCAGGUGGAAGUGAAUCCGCAACCUGAUUGGCCUACAGGAGACUCCUGGAAUUAGCCAAUCACGUGGGGCCCAUUGUGUAAAUACAGUGGUACCUCAGGUUAAGUACUUAAUUCGUUCCGGAGGUCCAUUCUUAACCUGAAACUGUUCUUAACCUGAAGCACCACUUUAGCUAAUGGGCCCUCCUGCUGCCGCCGCUCCGCCGGAGCACGAUUUCUGUUCUCAUCCUGAAGCAAAGUUCUUAACCUGAGGUACUAUUUCUGAGUUAGUGGAGUCUGUAACCUGAAGCGUAUGUAACCCAAGGUACCACUGUAAUGUAUAUAUAGCAGACAUUCUGGGGGAACUUCCAUUCCUCCUCACCACUAUGAGCUGAAUAAAGAGCAUGAAAUUCAUUCUCCACUCCGAGUAUAUUUCACUGGCCCUCGCCACGUGUGAAAUGUUGGCCUUGGAGUCUUGGGUUCAGAUCUGUGAUUUAGACACAUGGCUGGUUGGAUUUAAUUUGCUGUUGGUGUGCUGGUCGCCCCCCCCCCAUUUACAUUUUAAUGGUGGGCGUCACAUUUAGCCUUUCUGCUGCUCCCAAUUUAAGCACCGGGUGUUUUGCUACACAUAUGUUGAGCGUUCGACAGUGACGUUUUUGAAUGGCCUGUGGUUCGAGAUGGGAGCUGCUUGGCCCUGGAACUGGGGACUAAGCUUGAUCUCCCCCACCCCUUCCUUUUCCUUAUCUGCAUGGUCGCCCUAUUUUUAUUGUAAGUACUUAUGCGCCCUCGCCUUACCGCUGGCCCUGGUCUGGCGCUGUCAGUGGCUCUGUUUUGCCCGUCUAUAAAAUGGGUAUUAUAAGGCUCUGCCUAACAGAAUUAAGCCUGGUGAACUUUCAUCUUUUGAGAAACAGUGAGAUGAAUGGUUGAGGCCUGUCUUGGAAACCCUGCUCCAAAGCUGUAGAACAGGUGUGUCUAACACAUCCAGCCUGGGGACCAUAUCUGGCCCCACCAAGACCUCACUGAUUUUGCUGCCAGCGGUAAGACUUCCUUCCUUCCUUCCUUCCUUCCUUCCUUCCUUCCUUCCUUCCUUCCCUCCCUUCUUCCUUUCCUCCCUCCCUCCCUCCCUCCCUCCCUCCCUUCUUCCUUCCUUCCCUCUCUCCCUCCCUUCAUCCUUCCUUCCUUCCUUCCUUCCCUCCCUCCCUCCUCCUUCCUUCCUUCCUUCCUUCCUUCCUUCCUUCCUCCCUCCUCCCUCCCUCCCUCCUCCUCCCUUCUUCCUUCCUUCCUUCCUUCCUUCCUUCCUCCCUCCCUCCCUCCCUCCCUCCCUUCAUCCUUCCUUCCUUCCUUCCUUCCUUCCUUCCCUCCUCCUCCCUCCCUCCCUUCUUCCUUCCUUCCCUCCCUCCCUCCCUUCAUCCUUCCUUCCUUCCUUCCUUCCUUCCUUCCCUCCCUCCUUCCUUCCUUCCUUCCUUCCUUCCUUCCUUCCCUCUCUGCCAGCCCAGUUCCCUGAUCAUGAUGAAAUCACUCUAGUCAUCAGAUUGCUGAUUUGAUGACUCUGUGUGUGUGUGUGUGUGUGUGUGUGUGUGUGUGACUGGAGGUGUUUAAUUCCUUCUGCAUGUGCCAUGUGUCUAUGUGGCCCCCAGAGGAUUAGCCAAGGGUGAAUGUGGCCCUCAGGCCAGAAGAGGGUUAGACACCCCUGCUGUAGGGAAAGUCUGAUCCGGAAGUCUUUGGUGAGCCUGCUUCUUUAGUAAGAGCCCGCAGUACACAGGACUACAGCCUCACACUUGGCAAGAAUAUCCGGUUUUGACUUCUCCCUGUGACCUGCCUGAUUGUCUCUGCCACAUGCUGGAAGCAAACCUGAUAAAACUGGGUCAGGUAUUCUAAGAUUCUGAUUCAUGCAGGCCUUGAUGUUCGAGGAGUGCUAAAAGCAGAAAUAGUAAGGUAUUAGAUAUUGGCGCUUUGGGCACACACACACACACACACACACACACACACACCAUUUCUCCAAAAGAGAGCACAGAACUAGAAAAAGUACAGAGAAGGGCAACAGCAAUGAGCAGUCGAGGUUCCUUCCCUGCGCAGAUAGUCUAAAAUGUUGGGGGUCUCCUAAUAUUUAGCGGGGCGGGAGAGCAAAGGGGAGCAUGUGGAAGACAUCUGCGAAUAACAAAUUGUGCAGAGAUAAAUCAUUUUUAGAACUCGGUAGUCACCAAGUCAAACCGAUGGGGAGGGAUUUCAGUACUUUCCCCCACAAACCGACAGAAUUAAAAUGCCAUUUACCACUGCGAAGUGCGGUGAUUGCCAAUAGCCUUAGAUGGUUUCUUAAAAAGGAUUACGCACGUUUGUGGAAAUGUGAGAGAGUGGUGUGCCUUAUCAGCGUCCACCAGUCAAUCAGAUUUAUUUGCUAAAAGCCAUUCAGUUAUCACAAGAAUUGCAGACCUAAUCGAGUUGAAAGAUGCGUUUUAGCCCAGGUGUCCCCCAAAUAACAUUGAACUCCAUGUGGUAUGAUCUGCUGGGCUGCUAGAGCAAAUGCAGAAGCCUUAUAUGUAAUAUAUUAAUCCUCACCAACUAAGAGAUAGCAGAUUUUCUCCAAACAGCUCAGAACAAAAACUUGUCUCAGUAAUCUCAGAGGUGAGGCACCUGUAGCCUUUAGGUUUGUUGGAGUACAAUUUCCAUCAUCCCCAGUCAGUGGUCAGGGUUGAUGGGAGUUGGAGUCCAGAGACAACUGGAGAGCCACUGGAUCACCAUCGCUAGGUAAAAGGUAAAGGGACCCCUGACCAUUAGGUCCAGUCGUGACCGACUCUGGGAUUGCGGCGCUCAUCUCGCUUUAUUGGCCGAGGGAGCCGGCGUACAGCUUCCGGGUCACGUGGCCAGCAUGACUAAGCCGCUUCUGGAGAACCAGAGCAGCGCACGGAAACGCUGUUUACCUUCCCGCCAGAGUGGUACCUAUUUAUCUACUUGCACUUUGAUGUGCUUUCGACCUGCUAGGUUGGCAGGAGCAGGGACCGAGCAACAGGAGCUCACCUCGUCGCAGGGAUUCGAACUGCUGACCUUCUGAUCGGCAAGUCCUAGGCUCUGUGGUUUAACCCACAGUGCCACCCGCGUCCCCAUCCCUGCCCUCAGGCAAUUAUGUAGGGAAGAAUAAAAUGCACAGUGAGGAAGACCUUCCACCUCCCUCUGGCCACAGAUUCUUUAUAUAUAUAUAUGUAUGUUAUGGAAGUGAGAGCUGGAUCAUAAAGAAGGCUGAUCGCCGAAGAAUUGAUGCUUUUGAAUUCUGGUGCUGGAGGAGAUUCUUGAGAGUCCCAUGGACUGCAAGAAGAUCAAACCUCUCCAUUCUGAAGGAAAUCAGCCCUGAGUGCGCACUGGAAGGACAGAUCCUGAAGCUGAGACUCCAAUACUUUGGCCACCUCAUGAGAAGAGAAGACUCCCUGGAAAAGACCCUGAUGUUGGGAAAGAUGGAGGGCACAAGGAGAAGGGGAUGACAGAGGACGAGAUGGUUGGACAGUGUUCUCGAAGCUACCAGCAUGAGUUUGACCAAACUGCGGGAGGCAGUGGAAGACAGGAGUGCCUGGCGUGCUCUGAUCCAGGGGGUCACGAAGAGUUGGACUCGACUAAACGACUAAACAACAACAACAUUUUUUUGUUAUUUUUUUAACAUAUGAAUUCCAACAAUCAUUUAAAAUAACUUCUCAUCUUAUACAAUAUUUUAGACUUCCGUCAACAACCUCUGAAGAUUUUCUGUUCAUUAUCACUUGUUCUGCGUUUCUUAAUUUCUCUAUUACUUUUAAUUGUCCUUAACUAAUAAUUCUUUCCAAAUAUUUCACAAUAUUUCACAAAGUUCUCCUUACAGAACUUCUUGCAGCCCUACUAGCGUAAUCUGUUUAUCACAAUUGCUUUUCACAUAGUUCAAAUAUUUACUCCAGUCCUCUAAGAAUCUCUGAUCCUGCAGGUUUCGAAUCUCCGGCCACAGAUUCAGAAGCAGAGAGCUUACAGGCACCUCCCUUCUAAAUACACUGUGGGCAGAGUUUAAAAUCUCAGAUUGCUCAAAUUGUUUUUCUUUUCCAACAGACAGUUAAAAAAAUAUUUUUUUGGGGGGGGGAAUUGUGUACACGUGAAAACAUUGGCAGCAUUAAGAGAAAUUCAACAGUGUAAAUAAGUUUUGAUGGAAGUAAUAAUGGAAUACUGAAUGGUUUAGUUUAUACAGUCAAACCUCAGUUACCGAACGCCCCCGUUUUGGAACGUUUUGGCUCUUGGACACUGCAAACCCGGAAGUAAAUGCUCCGGUUUUCGGACGUUUUUCGGCAGCUGAACAUCCGACGCGGCUUCCGCUUGAGUGCAGGAAGCUCUUGCAACCAGUCAAAAUUUGCGCCUCGGUUGUCGAACAUUUCGGAAUCUGAACGGGCUUCCAGAAUGGAUUAUGUUCUACAACUGAGGUUUGACUGUAUAAGUCACUAAUAUUUUAAGAUUGUUUAAAUGAAUAUCCUAAAUUGUAAAACAGAAAAUGAAAUAAAAAUUAGAUAGAUAGAUUGAUGAUAGAUAUGAUAGAUGAUAGAUAGAUAGAUAGAUAGAUAGAUAGAUAGAUAGAUAGAUAGAGAUGUUAGAUAGUUUGGAAGAUCAUAGUCAGAUUUAGCAGAAUGAGACAAUGGCGAGAAUUGCAUUGCUUGAAGAUAACCUCUUGCGAACAAAACACCCCACUAUUUUUUAACAUUAUAUAUAUAUAUGUAUAUAUGUAUAUAUUUUGUAUACUGUCCUUCAUCUGUAGACCUCAGGGUGGCUGAUAGCAUAAAAAUACAAGCUACAAUUCAAAACACAUAAUAACAAAAACAAGAACAAAGCCAAAACAAGUCUCAGUCGCGCCGAUCAACACCUCCCUCCUUUCCAUGAAUUUGUCAAUUCCUUUUUAAAUUAGACAAAUCCUUGGAAAUGUGGGAGGUGGCUUAUCAGUGGUGGUUGAAGCGAACCUCCAUGUUCAAGGGCAGUAGGCUGCGGCGCGAGGGGGGGGGAUGGCCGCCAUACUUGUGCCCUCUGUGUUUUGUGAUGGGCAGGCUGGGGCAGAGCUCUCUAGACAGAAACAGGCAGUGAAAGUAACUGAGAGUUGGCGGAGGACCUUCCUGGGGAUUGUGGAGCUGUUGAUGGGAUGGAUGGUAACCGGGGAAACAGCAGGGCUUCUCUCUGCUGAUCAACUUGGCUUCCGCCGACUUCUAAUGACUUAACUGGUUUAAUCUACCCGAGAAGGAAUUCUUUUAAGUGGAUUUAGACAGAAGAUCCUUCGGCUUAGAGAAAGGGUGGCGGGAAGCUCACCACGGCAGCCGGACAGGAGGCAGAGGUGUCUCAAAAGUAGACCCCUCUGCCUGUUGCCUCCUGCACUUAGGAAUGCCUCCGAUUUCCAAAUAACCUGGGCCUGGGGAGCAGAUGCUGCGUUAUAAUAAUAAUAAUAAUAAUAAUAAUAAUAAUAAUAAUUUAUUAUUUAUACCCCGCCCAUCUGGCUGAGUUUCCCCAGCCACUCUGGGCGGCUCCCAAUCGAGUGUUAAAAACAAUACAGCAUCAAAUAUUAAAAACUUCCCUAAACAGGGCUGCCUUCAGAUGUCUUUUAAAAAUAAGAACUAGAAACUUGCAUUUGGUUGCACACUCAAAUGCUUAGGGUGCCUAGUUUCUCUGCGUCUGAGACCUGGUGGCACCAUAUAACAAACCCUAAGGGAAGGGAGUUGAAAAACGCAAAGAAGCUCUGAAUUCUAGGCUUUUAGAAGACACUGUCUCUAGGACAGUAGAAGAGCUGUUUGACAGUGGAACGGUCCCCCUUAAGAGAUGGUGGAAUCUCCUUCCUUGGAGGUUUUUAAGCAGGGGGUGGGACUCAAAAGAGCAGGGGGUGGGACGAAAACAGCUUUUUGCAGCCCAAGCAGGUAUUCCCUUGUGGGGAACAUGCCAGGAUCCAUUGGUGGUGAUGUGGCCCAGAAACGAGAGUGAGUAGAGCAACUGUUGUUACUGUUGUUAGCCGCUCUUUGGCUGGGGAGGGCAGGAUAUAAAUAUAUUAUUAUUAUUAUUAUUAUUAUUAAUAAUAAUAAUUGGCCCAGCAAGAGGCAUCGUCACAGUUCCACAGAGGGGGCGUGGAGCAGGGCAGGUGAAGGGGUGUGGCCAAAAGAGGGGCGUGGCCUCGGAAGAGCCCCCGGGGGCCAGCAAGACAGCCACCGAGGGCCGCAUUUGCCGCACACCCCCAAAACCUGGUCUCUCCCACCCCGGGCUCAUAAAAUAGUUUCCCAAGAUGCAGUGCGGUCAGCGAGGAAAAGCAAUAUGAAAACCAGGAUUAAGCACAUCUCUCAGCGGCUGGUAGCGUGCCAGAAAUCAUAGAAAAAUGAAUUGCUUAGCAUAGACCUAAGUAUGGCUUCUGUUUCCCUCCAUCAUUUAUUCAAUAGCAGCAUUAAAUAUGCCCAAGGCAGAAGGCCAGAGAGCAGACUUCCCCACCCUGGUGCCCUCAAGAUGUUUUGGGCGACCACUUCCAUCAGUCCCGGGCAGCAUGCACAAAAAAACAAGUUGAGGUUACAGCAUAGCUGUCAACCGUCCCUUAUUUGGCGGGAAACUCCCUUAUCCCAGCGCUGUGUCCCACUGCUGUCCCUUAUGGAUGAUGUCCCUUAAAUUUCCCGGGUUUCAAAGGAAGCAGCUCCUCUCCCUCCCUCCCUGCCGGCCAGGGAGGAGGGAGGCCCAACUGUGUUGCUUGGCUGCGUUGCUCACCCAAUAAGGAGUCUAAGAACAACUGGGGGGUGGAGCUUGCAUGCCUUGUGCCGAUCAAAUCGGCCGCGUUGCCUGGGGACUCGCCUUUGCUCAGCGCUUCCCAGCGGAGAGGGGACGGUGGUUUUCCUUGCUGCAUCCCCUUUGUCGGGUUGCUGCGCUGUGGGAACCACCGCUUGAGGCUUCGUUUGGCUGCUGGCUGGGCUUUCUGCCUUUGGCUCGGAUGGGCUCAGAAGUCGAACAUACCUGUGCUCUGAAAAUCCCUUAUUUGGGCUGCCGAUCCCUUAUUUUCGAGGCUGCUGGUCCCUUAUUUUCAAAUCUGUAGGUUGACAGCUAUGGGUUACAGGUUGAGGUUAUUUUGCUCAGUUUGCAGCAAAUGCACUGACCUGCCUCUCUAUAUGUUCCCCUUGUAUUUUUAAUCUUUGUUGGAAGCUGCCCAGAGUGGCUGGGGAGACCCAACCAGAUGGGCGGGGUACAAAUCAUAAAUUAUUAUUAUUAUUAUUAUUAUUAUUAUUAUUAUUAUUACUUAGGCUUGGGAAAUCUGUAUGGCCCUUUCGUAUUCUGUCUAUAUUCUGUGAAGUUCAAACAGGCUCCCACCACUCCUGACUACAGGUUUUCUUACAUACCGUAUUUUUUGCUCUAUGAGACUCACUUUUUCCCUCCUAAAAAGCAAGGGGAAAUGUGUGUGCGUCUGAUGGAGCGAAUGCAGGCUGCACAGCUAUCCCAGAAGCCCGAAGAGCAAGAGGGAUUGCUGCUUUCACUGUGCAGUGAUCCCUCUUGCUGUUCUGGCUUCUGAGAUUUAGAAUAUUUUUUUUCUUGUUUUCCUCCUCCAAAAACUAGGUGCGUCUUAUGGGGGUAUGUAUUAUUAUGCGGAAUGCCCUUGCAUCAGAUGUCAAGGAAACAGAAAACUAUAUGACUUUUAGAAGACACCUGAAGGCAGCCCUGUAUGGGGAAGUUUUUAAGGUGUGAUUUUUUAUUGUUUUGUUAAAUAUUUUGUUGGGAGCCUCCUAGAGAGUCUGGGGAAAGCGAGUCAGAUAGGCAGCGUAUAAAUAAAAUAUUAUUAAUAUUAAUAAUUACAGACAGGUAUGGGUGUUUGUUUCUGUGUAUAUGCAUACGGGCCAUAUUGGUCGAAAGAGGAGCCACCUCAAAUAUCAUCAAAUAUGAAGUAUCGUCAAAUAUGUCUUCAAUUAUAGGCUGCAAUAAAGUGUUAGAUGAGCCAGAUUUGGGGGUGAAAGGGCAAUAUAGUAUAUAGAUAAAUAGACUUGCACUCAUACAUGGAUGGUGGCUAACAGAUUGAGGUUGAAUCCUGACAAGACAGAAGUACUGUUUUUGGGGGACAGGGGGCGGGUGGGUGUGGAGGACUCCCAGGUACUGAAUGGGGUAACUGUGCCCCUGAAGGACCAGGUGCACAGCCUGGGAGUCAUUCUGGACUCGCAGCUGUCCAUGGAGGCACAGGUCAAUUCUGUGUCCAGGGCGGCUGUCUACCAGCUCCAUCUGGUACGCAGGCUGAGACUCUACCUGCCCGCAGAGUGUCUCACCAGACUGGUGCAUGCUCUAGUUAUUUCUCGCUUGGACUGCUGCAAUGCGCUCUACGUGGGGCUACCUUUGAAGGUGAUCCAGAAACUACAACUAAUCCAGAAUGUGGUAGCUAGACUGGUGACCGGGAGCAGCCGCCGAGACCAUAUAACACCGGUCUUGAAAAACUACACUGGCUCCCAGUACGUUUCCGAGCACAAUUCAACGUGUUGGUGCUGACCUUGAAAGCCCUAAACGGCCUCAAAGGCCCAGUAUACCUGAAGGAGUGUCUCCACCUCCAUCGUUCUGCCCGGACACUGAGGUCCAGCUCCGAGGGCCUUCUGGCGGUUCCUUCGCUGCGAGAAGCCAAGUUACAGGGAACCAGGCAGAGGGCCUUCUCGGUGGUGGCGCCCGCCCUGUGGAACGCCCUCUCACCAGAUGUCAAAGAGAAAAAUAACUACCAAACUUUUAGAAGACAUCUGAAGGCAGCCCUGUUUAGGGAAGCUUUUAAUGUUUAAUAGGUUAUUGCAGUGGCGUAGCGUGUGUUGUCAGCACCCGGGGCAAGGCAAGUAAUUUGCGCCCCCUAACCCGUGGAUUUGCACCCCUAACCCGUGGAUUUGUGCCCCCUAACCCUAACCCCCAGAUGUUGUGCCCGGUGCGGCCGGCCCCCCCUGCACCCCCCACGCUACGCCACUGGGUUAUUGUAUUUUAGUGUUUUAUUAGAAGCCGCCCAGAGUGGCUGGGGUAUAAAUGAUAAAUUAUUAUUAUUAUGAAUAUGGACAGGAAGGUGCAGGAAAAGAGCAAGAGAGAAUCAUAGGAUUGUAGAGUCAGAAGGGACCAUGAAGGUCCUCUAGUCCACCCCCAUUCAGUGCAGGAAUCUUUUGCCCAAGGUGGGACUCGAACCCCCAACCCUGAGAUUAACAGCCUCAUGCUCUGCCAACUGAGCUAUCCUGGGUAGGUGGGUGGGCUCCUCCUCAUGCCCUUCCACAUCCCCAUGUUUUCUCCUAGACGCAACUAACGCUCAACGCAUUAGGUCAUGCCCAUUUCUUCCUGUGGGUUGAGCAUAUGAAGGUGGCUGUCCCUGAAAAAAAGAAUAGGAAAAAAAGACAACGCUUUGGGACGCUAGCAAUUGAAUUUGGGACGUUCUACGUGCAAAGCACCUGCCCUGCAACUGAGCUGCGGCCCUUCCCCAGGUGGUGAAUUUUGGACCACCCUAAGGGUGGCAGAGGGACGCGGGUGGCGCUGUGGGUUAAACCACAGAGCUUAGGACUUGCUGAUCAGAAAAGGUUGGCGGUUCGAAUCCCCAUGACGGUGUGAGCUCCCGUUGCUCGGUCCCUGCUCCUGCCAACCCAGCAGUUCAAAAGCAUGUCAUAGUACAGUACAAGUGGAUAAAUAGGUACCGCUCCGGCAGGAGGGUAAACGGCGUUUCCGUGCACUGCUCUGGUUCGCCAGAAGCGGCUUAGUCCUGCUGGCCACAUGACCCGGAAGCUGUACACCGGCUCCCUCGGCCAAUAAAGCGAGAUGAGCACUGCAACCCCAGAGUCGGCCACGACUGGACCUAAUGGUCAGGGGUCCCUUUACCUUUACCUUUAAGGGUGGCAGAGAUGGGGGCACACAGACCUGACUCGUGGGGUGCCCCACCCCCCAGAAUUCCCCCCCUGCAUGAGUCUCACUGAGCCCAUUCACCUUGAUGGCGCUUGCGCCGGAGUAAUGCGACACGCUCCAACACCAGUGAUUUGCAUGCUGCAUGUUAUUUCAGGGAGGCGGAGGUGCCAUAUGGAAUUUCCGCAUCAAAAGCACGAUCCGGUGUGUGUGUGUGUGUGUGUGUGUGUGUGUGUGAUAUGAGUGUGCACACAUGCACACACUCACACACACCUUUGCACAUGCCUGGAUCUCCGGUCAGAAGGACGUCUCUCCCUUUGGGUCCUUCUGUUCUGGCAUCUUUUUGAAAAACAAAAAGUGACGGGGAAGUGGAGUGGAGAGCGAGAGAACGAGAGAGACCUGUUUUCAUCAAGAGAGGGCUUUGAUUUAGUACCGCAGGGGACCUUUGCAAUCUGGACACAGCAGCGGGUCCAAAUCGCUUAUCACAAGGUUUCUCGCCAGCCCCGGCAUUAACAUCUUCCUCAGCGUGGGACUGGGAAGCAGAAGUAGGUCAGGCCCGUAUCUUGGGUAAGUUCUGCGCAGGAAAGCAACACAACCCCUCCGCCAGGGCCAGAUAAAAAUAGGUGCUCCCAUCUGAAAGUGAGGGGGCUGCUUAUUAUAGCCGGGGAGGAAGUUUAGCUGGUUUUUUGUGUUUUUUUGCGAUCUCAGGUUGCUGAUCCUCACCACGCCGCUCAAAGGAAUGGGGAGCUUUGUGUGGAAUCCGGUACCGAUUCCCAGUCUGAAUGGGUCCAGGUUUCUUGGGAGUGUGCAAUCAUUAUUUUUUCAAAUUUGAGGGCACGCUUCAGACCGGUGGUUCGGUGAGCCCGGCAUCCAGCUUCCAAAAGUUAUGGGCCUCUAGAAGUAGACAAGAAUGACAUGGAGGUGAUGACUGUUUGCUAAAAAAGCAGCGUUUACCAACCUGGUGGCCUUUGGAGACCACAUAACACCGGUCUAGAAAGACCUACACUGGCUCCCAGGAAGUUUCCGAGCACAAUUCAAAGUGUUGGUGCUGACCUUUAAAGCCCUAAAUGGCCUCAAAGGCCCAGUAUACCUGAAGGAGCGUCUCCACCCCCAUCGUUCUGCCCAAACACUGAGGUCCAAAGGCCGAGUAAAGAAUACCAGGAGACAUGGUGGCAAAGGCUGCCAAGAUGUUUUGUUCAGCAGUGGGAUGCUCAAACUGAAGGAGUGCAGCAAAAGCGUGGCACUUUAUAGCAAGCGACAGCAGGGGAUUGGCUGUUUGGGGUCACGUGAUUCCCAGACUCCCCCAGGGGGGUUCUGGGCUGUGUUAGCAUCGCAGCUUGAGGUGCUUGCCGUUUCCUCCUCCAUUCAGGGGAGUCUCAGCGCCCAAAGUCUGGGGCUCCUUUGGCAGACCCAGUUUUGGAAAUGAAGCCGCGAGUGUGUGGGAGAAUUUGGUCGUGGGGAGGCAAUCUGCACAUCUCUGAGCACAAUUCAAAGUGUUGGUGCUGACCUUUAAAGCCCUAAAUGGCCUCAAAGACCCAGUAUACCUGAAGGAGCGUCUCCACCCCCCAUCAUUCUGCCCGGACACUGAGGUCCAGCUCUGAGGGCCUUCUGGCGGUUCCCUCACUGUGAGAAGCCAAGUUACAGGGAACUAAGCAGAGGGCCUUCUCGGUGGUGGCACCCGCCCUGUGGAACGCCCUCCCACCAGUUGUCAAACAGAAAAACAACUACCAGACUUUUAGAAGACAUCUGAAGGCAGCCCUGUUUAGAGAAGCUUUUAAUGUUUAAUAGGUUAUUGUAUUUUAAGAUGCUGUUGGGAGCUGCCCAGAGUGGCUGGGAAACCCAGCCAGAUGGGCAGGGUAUAAAUAAGAAAUUAUUAUUAUUAUUAUUAUUAUUAUUAGGAUGAAGCUGCCCUAUUAUUAGCAGUGGCUGCCCAGGGUUUCAGACAGGGGACGUGGCGGGCCCUUCUUGAAGAUGGAAGAAGGGGUUGAACAUGAGGCCUUCUGCAGGCAAAGCAGAUGUCCUAUAACUGAGCUGCUGCCCUUCCCCGUUGUGUGAGAAAGGGCAAAGGAAGAAAGAUUUGGAGGCAGAGAAAAUAUGUGAAGUUGCUUGAGGAAGCAGGAGACCUUGAGGGUGGCCGAGCGUGGGGAGCUGGGGGAGCAAAGCUCGUGCAGGAAGGGAGAGGAGGGUCAAGAGAGAAGGAAGCGCAGGCGCAUGGAAGACUUGAAAGACCCCUGGGUUUGAAUCCAGGCCCGCAAGGUGCCCUGGGAUGGCAUCACAACUGCCUUCUGCCUUUGCCAAUGGCGCAUGGGGCUGUUCCUACUCUGUGUGUGUGUAGUGGGGCAAAUUCUGGGUUUGUUGUUGUUUAGUCGUUUAGUCGCAGUAUCAUGUAGAAACAGGGCAGGACAAACUUAGGAAUGUUGUUGUUUAGUCGUUUAGUCGUGUCCGACUCUUCGUGACCCCCUGGACCAGAGCACGCCAGGCACUCCUGUCUUCCACUGCCUCCCGCAGUUUGGUCAGACUCAUGCUGGUAGCUUCGAGAACACUGUCCAACCAUCUCGUCCUCUGUCGUCCCCUUCUCCUUGGGCCCUCCAUCUUUCCCAACAUCAGGGUCUUUUCCAGGGAGUCUUCUCUUCCCCUGAGGUGGCCAAAGUAUUAGAGCCUCAGCUUCAGGAUCUGUCCUUCCAGUGAGCACUCAGGGCUGAUUUCCUUCAGAAUGGGGAGGUUUGAUCUUCUUGCAGUCCAUGGGACUCUCAAGAGUCUCCUCCAGCACCAUAAUUCAAAAGCAUCAAUUCUUCGGCGAGCAGCCUUCUUUAUGGUCCGGCUCUCGCUUCCAUACAUCACUACUGGGAAAACCAUAGCUUUAACUAUACGGACCUUUGUUGGCAAGGUGAUGUCUCUGCUUUUUAAGGUGCUGGGUUAAUUCUGGGGUAAGAAAUGUCUGUUUCCAUAAAUAAACAGCGCAAAGAAAUGUCAGCGGUUUUGCAAAUAUUUCUAUAAAUGUGCCCAGUGUGCGCUCUGUACUCCAUACCUUUCAUAUAUCAAAGGGAUUCAGUUUGGGUUUCUUUGCUAUGGCAUUUUAUGGGAAGAAACCGAGUGGCGGCAGGAGGCGGAGAACUAUUUUAACUAUGAGUCGGUGGGCUUUCGGCUGCGCCACCGGGCUUCUGCUUUGAACAGUUACCUACCAGGCAGAAUGCCAACAUUUGUCUUCCUGCUAGGCCUGGGCAGGGGCAAAAAUGGCUGGGUAAUUUUGGCAGCCUUGAGGACUAGUUUGGUUAUCAACUCUAGUGCUUAGGGUGCCUAGUUUCUCUGCAUCUGAGACCUGGUGGCCCCAUAGAACAAACCCUAAAGGAAGGGAGUUGAAAAACGCAAAGAAGCUCUGAAUUCUAGGCUUUUAGAAGACACUGUCUCUAGGACAGUAGAAGAGCUGUUUGACAGUGGAACAGUCUCCCUCAAGAGCUGGUGGUCUCUGCCUCCUUGGAGUUUUUAAGCAGAGGUUGGAUGGACAUCUCUCAUGUACGCUUGAGAUGCUUCUAUUGCAGGAGGUUAACAACAACAGCAACAACAACACCAAUAAUAAUAAUUUAUUAUUUAUAUGGCACCCAUCUCACUAGGUUGCCCCAGCCACUUUGGCUGGCUUCCAACAGAACAUCACACAUUAAAAGCUUCCUUACAAAUUGCGAGACAAGGACAACUGUGACUUCAAGGAGGAAUGGGACCUUUUUACAAAUUAUAAAAAGACAAGAAAAUGAAUUGGACUCCUUGGCAGGUUUCGAAUGAACAUACACAAAUUUAUUGGUUGACAACAUGAUGGAGAGAUAUGUAAGGAUAUGUACAAUUUUAUAAUAUGCAGAGGGGCGCGGGUGGCGCUGUGGUCUAAACCACAGAGCCUAGGACUUGCCGAUCAGAAGGUCGGCGGUUCGAAUCCCCGCGACGGGGUGAGCUCCGGUUGCUCGGUCCCAGCUCCUGCCAACCUAGCAGUUUGAAAGUACCUCAAAGUGCAAGUAGAUAAAUAGGUACUGCUCCAGUGGGAAGGUAAACAGCGUUUCCGUGUGCUGCUCUGGUUCGCCAGAAGCGGCUUAGUCAUGCUGGCCACAUGACCCGGAAGCUGUACACCAGCUCCCACGGCCAAUAAAGCGAGAUGAGCGCCGCAACCCCAUUGUCGGUCACGACUGGACCUAAUGGUCAGGGGUCCCUUUACCUUUAUAAUAUUCUGAGGAGAAAUCAAGGAGAGGAGAUGAAGGAAGUCCUUCGUGGGGGGGAGGGGAAAGGGAGGGAAAUGAUGUAUGUGAUUAUAUGGUUUGAUAAUUUGUUAUGUGGAAAUUGAUCAAUAAUUUUUUUUUAAAAAAAGCUUCCUGAUAGCCUUCAGAUGUCUAUGGAAAGUCAGAUAGUUUAUCUCUUUGACAUUUGAUGGGAAGGCGUUCCACACGGUGGGCGCCACCACCGAGAAGGCCCUCUGCCUGGUUCCCCGUAACCUCACUUCUCGCAGGGAGGGAACCGCCAGGAGGCCCUUGGCGCUGGACCUCAGUGUCCGGGCAGAACGAUGGGGGUGAAAAUGCUCCUUCAGGUAUACAGGGUCAAAGCUGUUUAGGGCUUUAAAGGCCAGCACCAACACUUUGAAUUGUGCUUGGAAACAUACUGGGAGCCAAUGUAGAUCUUUCAAGACCAGUGUUAUGUGGUCCCGGCGGUCGCUCACAGUCACCUGUCUAGCUGCCACCUUCUGGAUUAGUUGUGGUUUCCACAUCACCUUCAAAGGUAGCCCAACGAAAGCGACAGGAAGAAUAAGAGGCCAACCAAAACAAAAAGUCUAUAAGGAUUGAAGAAUCUUUAAAGAAUAUUUAUAAAACUAUGGAAUAAAAGGAAACAUCCUGGCAGAAUUAGACUGAUCCCUGUAUUGUAUAAAUAUAAGUUUGCAGGGAGGUAAAAAGAAAUUAUAUAAGAAAUAUGUGUGGUAUAAAGUAAUGGAUAAGACAAAGUACAGUGAGAUUAAUUGGAAGUCAGUUUUAAAUUACUUUUCUAUAAAUUUUAUAAUUGUGUUCAAUACCAGGAGUAUAUAUGAUGAUAAUUAUAUUAAUCUUCUUAUAUCUUAUAGUGUGGUGGUUUGUUUGAUUUUUCUGUUAUUUGUUUGUUUGUUUGUUUGAUUGAUUGAUUGCAUGUUUGUUUACUUGUAUGUACGUCUGUUUUUCAUAAAUGUAUUUAUUUUAAAUUAAUAAAGAUAUAUUUUUUAAAAAGGUAGCCCUCCGUAGACCACACUGCAGUGGUCCAAGUGGGAGAUAACCAGAGCAUGUACCACCCUGGCGAGACAGUGCGCAGGCAGGCAGGCUGGACUAGACAACCCUUGGCACCCCCUUCAACUUUCCAGAUCUGUGUUUAUGUGAUCGCAGACAUAGCUGCCGCCACUUGUCAGCCCUAGACACCUGGCUGGAGGCAGUGGGGAUGAAAGCUCAGAUGAGAUGGCAGGAGGGGAUUUCGGUCCAUGCUGGACCAGACUGCUGUGGUGUCUGCCGAUGUACCUUUGUGGAUAAUGCAUUAGGUUCUUGGCAAAGACGCAAACUGCCUGUGGCGAUGCCUUGCUUAAUAAUAGCUACAGGGAAUAGGUCACCUGUACUGGUUCCCUUUUAAAAAAUAAAUAAUUUCAUUUUAUUUACAGUGGUACCUCGGUUUAAGUACUUAAUUCGUUCUGGAGGUCUGUUCUUAACCUGAAACUGUUCUUAACCUGAAGCACCAUUUUACCUAAUGGGGCCUCCUGCUGCUGCCGUGCCACAGGAGCACAAUUUCUGUUCUCAUCCUGAAGCAAAGUUCUUAACCUGGGGUACUAUUUCUGGGUUAGCGGAGUCUGUAACCUGAAGCAUCUAUAACCUGAAGCGUAUGUAACCCGAGGUACCACUGUAUUUCUUAACAUUCUUAUAUUACAUCGGUAAACGUUGUAAUAUUACAUUACAGGACUUACUAUAAUAUAAUUCCCAACAUGUAUACAAAAAUUAUAUACAAAUUUUAUAUACCUAGAAAGAAAAUGAAACAAAAAAAGAAAGAACAAAGAGGGGGGGAAACAACCCCCCCAAAAAAUCAUAUACAUACCAACACACUAGACUUCCUGUCUUUCCUGUUGUAUAUUCCUUUUUAUACAAAUGAAUGUACUCUUAUUAUUGUAUAUUUCUUUACAUAUGAUCUAAUACAUUCCUAUAUCAAUAUGUGCUCUUAGUCUUAUUUCUCAACUCAGUCUCACUCCAACGUCAAUCAGAUGCCAGCAUAGAUAGCGAACCUUUACUGUAUUUUUGAACAUAUGUUUUAUAUCUAUCCCACUUUUCCGCAAAUUUUUGUUUUGAAUUGCCUCUCAGGGUAUUUGUCAACUGCGCCAUUUCAGCAAAUUCUUGUCGCUUGUAAUGCCAGUCCGUUAUUGUCGGGGCUUCUUGUUCCUUCCACCCCUUUGCCACCAAAGACCCUUUGCCAGCUGCAGCCUCCUGCCCCUUUAGCAGACUUUGUGUUGCCACGCUAGAAGCCGGUCCGGGCCGAAUUCUAUGCAAUACGCCUGUCUCCCGCGAUGACGUGCCGUGCUGGAAAGUUGGCACGGGCUGCCUUUUCUUGUUGUGGCCAGAGACUGCCCCAGCUCUCGUCCACCCUGGGAUUCAGAUGGUGUUUCCUGACGCCUUGUUUCUGUUCCUUCCCUUGCAGAGGAUGGCGAGUACUUCCUCAAGGUCCUGAUCCCCAGCUAUGCUGCCGGAUCCAUCAUUGGCAAAGGAGGCCAAACGAUUGUCCAACUGCAGAAAGAAACCGGAGCCACUAUCAAGCUCUCAAAAUCGAAGGACUUCUAUCCAGGUGAGCGCGGGCGGCUGGGAGGGUCAACAAGGUGGAAGGAAUUCUCUGUACGUUUGACAACGUUGGCGGUUCACACGGUGUACAUUCCUGGUGGCCCAAAACCGGGGACGGGGCAAAGCUUGUUCAUACGUGUCUGUAUGCAGAGACAGCGUGGUAUAGCGGUUAGAGCCUUAGACUAGGAUCUGGAAGAGCAGGAUUCGAAUCCGCACCUGGCCAUGAAGGUCACCUCUCGGCCUAACCUACCCUGCAGGGUUGUUUGUAGGGGUUAAAUGCGGAGGGGGAGAACCAGGGAUACAGCCUUGAGCUCCUGGCAAAAGACGGCGGGAUACAGAAGCAGGGAAUAAAUUUCAAAAACGUCGCUUCCACACUGCUGUAUUGUUUUUAACACUCGAUUGAGAGCCGCCCAGAGUGGCUGGGGAAACUCAGCCAGAUGGGCAGGGUAUAAAUAAUAAAUUAUUAUUAUUAUUAUUAUUAUUAUUAUUAUUAUUACUAUUACUGGCAGCUGAAUGUAUGAACUCAGUACCCUGAAGAAAGUUGAGUCUUGGGGAUAUUGAGAGGAGAUGCGAUAGCCAUCUUCAAAUAUCUGAAGGGCUGUCACGAGGCAGAUGGAGCAAGCUUGUUUUCUCCUGCUCCGGAGGGUAGGACUCGAACCCAUGGCUUCGUGUUACGAGAAAGUAGAUUCAGACUAAACAUCUGGAAGAGCUUUCUGGCAGUAAGAGCUCUUUGACAGGGGAACGGUCUCCCAUGAGAGGUUGUGGACUCUGCUUCCUUGGAGGUUUUUAAGCAGAGGUUGGACGGCCAUCUGUCAUGGAUGCGAUAGUUGAGAUUCCUGCAUUGCAGAGGGUUGGACUAGAUGAUUCUUGGGGUACCUUCCAACAGUUCUACGAUUCGAUGAUAGCAUUCCCGUGUGCACAACUGUCACUUGAGGGUGCAGUUGUUCAAGUGAAGAACAUGUAUCUGUGAACCAGCCUUGGAGAGGGUUUCAUUUGGGGCGGGAAGUGUUGUUUUUUGUGGGUUUUACGGCCUCUCCGACAAGGAAGCUUAUAGAUGGGCAUUAAACCGUAAGACUUUGGUGCGGUUUGAUUUGUGGCCCGGCUCAAGUCGUUUGAAAGAGCCCCUCGCCUUCCCUCAACUUGCCAUCUUCUCUUCCCCUCAGGCCUCCACGUUCUCUGCCUAUCAUUCCCUUGGGUCUCUUCUUCUUGGUCUCCUAGCUACUCCAGCCACCGCCAGCCUGACGCCUUGCAGACAUUUUGGACCACAACUCCCUUCGCCUCUGACUGUUCGUCUCAUUGACUGGCUGGCUGGCUAGAGCUGCCGGGAGUUAUAGUUCCAAACAUCUGGAAGGCAAGAAGCUGGCCUGCUCUGUCCCUAUCCCGGCUUUCAGAUACCCCAAAUGUGAGCUUCUCCUUUCUUGAGCUGCUGUUUCACCUACAGGCCAACUCAAGACUUUUUAGGGGCCCUCUAUGUGAGUCCUCCACCUCACCAUCGGCUACACCUUCCCAGAAAGUUGUUGUUGUUUAGUUGUUUAUUCGUAUCCGACUCUUCGUGACCCCCUGGACCAGAGUACGCCAGGCACUCCUGUCUUCCACUGCCUUCCGCAGUUUGGUCAAACUCAUGCUGGUAGCUUUGAGAACACUGUCCAACCAUCUCGUCCUCUGUCGCCCCCUUCUCCUUGUGCCCUCCAUCUUUCCCAACACCAGGGUCUUUUCCAGGGAGUCUUCUCUUCUCAUGAAGUGGCCAAAGUAUUGGAGCCUCAGCUUCAGGAUCUGUCCUUCCAGUGAGCACUCAGGGCUGAUUUCCUUCAGAAUGGGUAGGUUCGAUCUUCUUGCAGUCCAUGGGACUCUCAAGAGUCUCCUCCAGCACCAGAAUUCAAAAGCAUCAAUUCUUCAACGAUCAGCCUUCUUUAGGGUCCAGCUCUCACUUCCAAACAUCACUACUGGGAAAACCAUAGCUUUAACUAUACGGACCUUUGUUGGCAAGGUGAUGUCUCUGCUUUUUUUUUUUUUUUCCUGCUCCCCCCCCCCCCCCGCACUCAGAAAGUGAACUACUUAAAUUACAAUUGCUCUUUCCGGUGCAAGCAUGUAAGGUGGCUGGGCCGGCCAGCAAAGUACCCCCUACUCCAGUGGCAGGGGUCUAGGGCCGUCGAAGACCCCAGGCACCCCACAGUUGCGGACGCUGCCCAUCUUCGCCACGGAGUGCCCAGGCUUGCCCCCCCAUCUCCCUAUAAUCCCAAGCUGUGAUUGAAGGGCAGACAAAGCCCUGACAGGACAGCCCCUGGCUAAGCUGCUUUCCCUCCACAUCCUCCACUCUUUAUUGCCGGAUUACGGGAUGGGCUGGCAAAUCCUCGCCAGUAUAAAAACGAUGGAGGGGUGUCGUGGCGACGGGGGAGAGGGAGAGAGAGAGAAGGCCUCCGCUCUUGUUGCCUUGGCAACAGGGAGCAGGUGCCUUGUUUGUUUGCAGCUUCCGGGAAGGACCCCCCCUUCCCCUUCGAGGGAAAGGAAACCCUUUGUAUUUGAUGAGGUCUGGCCAGGGUGGAAACACAGCCCUCCAGCAUUCUUGAAAGCUGAGAGAGCUACAGAUUCCUGCCCACAGUCGCGCUGCAAGUCGGGACUUUGCUCCGCCAAGACUGUCUUCCGAGAGCAAGUGUGGUGUACUGGUUGGGGUGUUGUACCGGAACCCCGUGAGACCUGGGUUCAAAUCCUCACUCGGCCACAAAGCCCCCUGGGUGAGACCUUAAGGGCCGGUCACUGUCUCUCAGCCUAGCCUACCUUUUAGUGUAUUUUUGGUCUUUAUUGGAAGCCGCCCAAAGUGGCUGGGGAAACCCAGCCAGAUGGGCAGAGUACAAAUAAUAAAUUAUUAUCAUUAUUAUUAUUGCCUGACACGGUGACGUGGGUGGCGCUGUGGGUUAAACCACAAAGUCUAGGACUUACCGAUCAGAAGGUCGGCGGUUCGAAUCCCUGCGACGGGGUGAGCUCCCGUUGCUCGGUCCCUGCUCCUGCCAACCUAACAAUUCGAAAGCACCUCAAAGUACAAGUAGAUAAAUAGGUACCACUCCAGCAGGAAGGUAAAUGGCGUUUCCGUGCGCUGCUCUGCUUUGCCAGAAGCAGCUUAGUCAUGCUGGCCACAUGACCCAGAAGCUGUACACCGGCUCUCUCGGCCAAUAGAGCGAGAUGAGCGCCGCAACCCCAGAGUCGGUCACGACUGGACCUAAUGGUCAGGGGUCCCUUUACCUUUACCUAUUACCUCACACGGUUGUUGUGGGGAUUCAGCGGGAAGGGGGAGAACCAUGUAUAGUCCACCUGGAGCUCCUCAGAGAAAAAGUCGGGGAAUAAAUACAUCUGUCUUAUCUCGGGAGACAACGGAGGAGUGCUCUUUUGUGAGUGAAGUCAAACUGCGGGAAGGUUGGAGCGCCAGCUGUUUGCUGUAGAGACCGAAACGGGAGAGACAUGUUUUGUUGCAGCCGGGGCAGAUGAAGGUUUCCGGUUGUUGUGCUACUGCAGACGCAGCAUGGCGUCUCUUCUCUCUGCCCUCCUCCCAGAGGUCACUUGCAAUAAAUAAAUAAAUAAACGCAUAUCUCUUUCCUCCAUGCACACAUGUCAAAAACCCAGGUCAGCGAUGAAAGGCUUGCAGCUCGAUCCUGUAUGUUUGUUUGUGUGCAUGCAUGCGCCAGCCCAAGUGGUGUUGGUGCAACUUUGUGGUAUUUAUUAUUAUUAUUACUACAGUGGUACCUCAGGUUAAGUACUUAAUUCGUUCCGGAGAUCCGUUCUUAACCUGAAACUGUUCUUAACCUGAAGCACCACUUUAGCUAAUGGGGCCUCCUGCUGCCGCCGCACCGCCGGAGCAAAAUUUCUGUUCUCAUCCUGAAGCAAAGUUCUUAACCUGAAGCACUAUUUCUGGGUUAGCGGAGUCCGUAACCUGAAGCGUAUGUAACCUGAAGCAUACGUAUCCCGAGGUACCACUGUAUUAUUAUAUCCUGGGCAACUGGCUGGGUUUGCCCUAGCUAAAACAACUACUUAAGGCAGCGGUUCUCAAUUAGCUACCGUAUUUUUUGCUCUGUAAGACUCACUUUUUCCCUUCUAAAAAGUAAGAGGAAAUGUGUGUGCGUCUUAUGGAGCAAAUGGAGGCUGCGCAGCUAUCCCAGAAGCCAGAACAGAAAGAGGGAUCGCUGCUUUCACUGCGCAGCGAUCCCUCUUGCUGUUCUGGCUUCUGAGAUUCAGAAUAUAUUUUUUCUCUUGUUUUCCUCCUCCAAAAACUAGGUGCGUCUUGGGGUCUGGUGCGUCUUAUAGAGCGGAAAAUACGGUAAUUACUGAGGACUCCCUAUUUUUCAAAAGCCAAGCUACGGAAAAGGAACAGGAAACUCAGCCUGGGCUGGCCAGCUAGGGAAACAGAUUCAAUAGCAGGAAACACUCCUUCUGAUAAGCCGGCCAGAGGAACGCAGGCAUGGCCUUUACACUGCAGCCACAAUAUGCGUUCGCCAAGAUUUAUCCAGAUUUGGGAGCUGCUGUCUGGAUCCCUCCCCCACCCCCAGGCUCAAAGAGGGUCAGGAAAGGAACGAAGCACCCAACAGGAAGGGGAGUAGGAGGCAAAGGGGCAGUUUCGGAACGGGGGAGGCCUUUAAAAGGCAGAGGAACAAGCAGCAGGGCUAACUCAUGGAAAAUUUGGGAGAAAUGCUGGAUAUAAAUUUGUCCUUGGGGGUGGAAGCCCGAGGGCUCCCAGAGCAGGCGUGCUAGGAAGAUCUCUCAAGUUCCUAGCCCACAAAGAGGUGAAGGAGCUCAUCUACCUGCACUUAACAAGGGGCAAACUUCAGGUUACACGAAACGCACUUUUCAGAAAAGCAAGCUGGCUGCUUGCGUUUUAUUAUGAAGGGAAAGCAGCCGUGUGGGUCCCGAUCCAGACUGUGCUCCAAGCAGCUGAGGGGACUUUCUGUAGGAAACUUGCACGAGUCCUUUGCCUGGAUUUUGGCUCCGUGGACCUGCAUAGUGGCCAGUUUAAGCGAGCUUUGAAAAUACCACAGUGAUUUAAGGCCAAGCAUAGUUUGGCCUUAAAUCACUUGGGCACAUCAAAAAUCCAAUAAGGCAUGUGGGAAGAAACAGCUCUCUUCUAGUUUACAAAAAGAAAACACAAAAAAAACCCCAACCCUGGUCAUUCAGAGGCCAUUUUUACUCACCAUAAGCGAGUGACACGUUUUUUUGCAAGCUUGUCCUAGGAAUACAGGAUUCCUUUAUGCCAGGGGGUCAGCAAAUUUUUUCAGCAGGGGGCCAGUCCACUGUCCCUCAGACCUUGUUGGGGGCCGGACUAUAUUUUUUUAAAAAAUAUGAACAAGUUCCUAUUCCCCACAAAUAACCCAGAGAUGCAUUUUAAAUAAAAGCACACAUUCUACUCAUGUCAAAACACACUGAUUCCCAGACCGUCCACGGGCCGGAUUGAGAAGGUGAUUGGGCUGGAUCCGGCCCCCGGGCCUUAGUUUGCCUACCCAUGCUUUAUACAGUAAUGGCAAUUAUUUGUCUUGUUUUUCGCUUUCUGGAUCUCUGUGCAGUGGACAGGGAGAAGGAGAGAGGGCUGCAAAUGAGUCAGAAUUUGUUCUCCCACACCCAGAGACACCUGGAGUACUGUGUCCAGUUCUGGGCACCACAGUUCAAGAAGGACACUGACAAACUGGAACGUGUCCACAGGAGGGCAACCAAAAUGGUCAAAGGCCUGGAAACGAUGCCUUAUGAGGAACGGCUAAGAGAGCUGGGCAUGUUUAGCCUGGAGAAGAGGAGGUUAAGGGGUGAUAUGAUAGCCAUGUUCAAAUAUAUAAAAGGAUGUCACAUAGAGGAGGGAGAAAGGUUGUUUUCUGCUGCUCCAGAGAAGCGGACACGGAGCAAUGGAUCCAAACUACAAGAAAGAAGAUUCCACCUAAACAUUAGGAAGAACUUCCUGACAGUAAGAGCUGUUUGACAGUGGAAUUUGCUGCCAAGGAGUGUGGUGGAGUCUCUUUGGAGGUCUUUAAGCAGAGGCUUGACAACCAUAUGUCAGGAGUGCUCUGAUGGUGUUUCCUGCUUGGCAGGGGGUUGGACUCGAUGGCCCUUGUGGUCUCUUCCAACUCUAUGAUUCUAUGAGUCUAUGUAACUUCUGCGUCACACUGGUCCUAGUGCCAUGGCUGUGGCUCCAGUCAAACAAUUAAGCCCCAACAAAUCCUACCCUCCAGGCAGUGGCGUAACUGGUCGCUCGGGUGCCCGGUGCUGUGCGUGUGUCCCGCAGCUGGGGGCGGAGCAAUCUGCCCAUGGGGGCGGGGCAAGCUGCCCAUGGGGGCGGGGCAAGCCAAGGCAGGGCGCGCUGCGGGGAGCCUCUCUGCAGCCUCCCCCUCAGCUGAGGGCGGCUGAGGCGGUGGGCAGACGCAAGCCCCACGCUGCUCGAAAAAGCAGCAUGGAGGUGUUGGCUAUUCGCAGUAUGGUAGCGCUGCAGAGAGCUUGCUGGAGAGACGAUGCAUUAAAAAGGGACUCAAAAAGUACUUAAACAAGGUUUUAAUUACAAAAACAAAAAGUACUUUUAUACUAAAUACAUUAACAAACAAACAUGACCCAACCACCAACCCAUCCCCCAGGGUAAUGGGAGAGCUAGGUGCUGCCCCUUAUAUACUACACCAGGGGUCUGCAACCCGCGGCUCCGGAGCCUCAUGUGGCUCUUUUACACCUUUGCCGCGGCUCCGGGGCGGAAACUAGCGAGGGGAGGAGGCGCAUUGUGCGCCCCGACACUCCCCACUGUGGCGGGCGCUGUACUGGCUGUGACGUCGCAUGGGGGCGGUGCAUGCGUUAGUCACGCACUGUCCCGACGUCACCUUCCCGCCCGCCCGCUACAUUGUAAGGGGCAUGUACGCUGGUCACCGCAUUGAAAGGGGGCAUGUACGCUGGUCACUGUUUGGAAGGGGAGUGAAGAACACACACACACAAAAAGGUAACUUGUUAAUUUAACGUUUAUUUCUAUGAGGAGGAGUAAUUCUGAGGGGUCAAACAAAGAAAUAAUUUUUAAAAAAGUGACAAAAAAGUUAUUUUUAUAAUGACGAGUUUUGCGGCUCCCGGUUUUUUUUCUUCGGAAACAGGUCCAAGUGGCUCUUUUUGUCUUAAAGGUUGCAGACCCCUGUACUACACCCAAUUGCUGACACAGCUUAAUCAAUGCAACUCAGCAGCACCUGCUAUGUUUCACAGCUGUAAAGCUGGGUCUUGUUACAGUGGUGCCUCGCAAGACGAAAAGAAUCCGUUCCGCGAGUCUCUUCGUCUUGCGGUUUUUUCGUCUUGCGAAGCAAGCCCAUUAGCGGUUUAGCGGAUUAGCGCUAUUAGCGGCUUAGCGGGCUUAGCGGAUCAGCUGAUAAGCGGCUUAGCGGAUCAGCUGAUAAGCGGCUUAGCGGCUUAGCGGAUCAGCUGAUAAGCGGUUUAGUGGCUUGGGAAAAGGGGGGGGGGGAGGAAAAAAACCCUGCAGGAACUCGCAAGACAUUUUCGUCUUGCGAAGCAAGCCCAUAGGAAAUUCGUUUUGCGAAGCACCUCCAAAACGGAAAACCCUUUCGUCUAGCAGGUUUUCCGUCUUGCGAGGCAUUCGUCUUGCGGGGCACCACUGUAUUUUGCUCUGGCCCCUUAAAGACACACACAUCAGGUGGAACAAUGAUGAACCUUUACAUUUAAAGAAACCAUUCAACAGGAGGUUGCAGGCAGUGUGCCCAUCGCCUCCCCCUCAGGGUGUGGCACCCAGUCCCCCCCGCCUCACCUAGCUCCCAGUGGCGUAGGAAGGGGGGUGCGGUGCAUGCGGGAGUUAUUUUUAUAUAUAUAUAAAAGUGCUGCGAGCCCAAUUUUUAAAAAUGUAUUUUUGCCAUUUUCUCACCCCCCUCAGUGAUGACACCCAGGGCGGCCUGCAACCCCACCUUCCAGGCAGAGGCAAUUGUGAAUUUUAUGCUCUGCUCAACAGCUGCCACCCUGUUGGCCUAAUAUAUAUACACACACACAUAUAUAUACACACACAGUGGUACCUCAGGUUAAGAACUUAAUUCGUUCCGGAGGUCCGUUCUUAACCUGAAACUGUUCUUAAGACUGAAGCACCACUUUAGCUACUGGGGCCUCCCGCUGCUGCUGCGCGAUUUCUGUUCUCAACCUGAAGCAAAGUUCUUAACCCGAGGUAAUAUUUCUGGGUUAGCAGAGUCUGUAAACUGAAGUGUCUGUAACCCGAAGCGGGUGUAACCCGAGGUACCAGUGUGUGUGUGUGUGUGUGUGUGUGUGUAUAGGCAAAAGAUUCCUGCAUUGGAGGGCCGUGGCCUUCCACUCUACAAUUCCACAAGUCUAUGAUUCUGUAGCCAUAAGGUUGCGGCCCAGAUUCUGGGACUUGUUUUCUCCCAUUCAGGAAUAAGCUCCCAUGCAUCUCCUUUGACGCCAUUGACUUGAUGCUGUUUCCAUUGAUUCCCACCCAGCGUAGUCCUUGUGCAAUUCAAGAGCUGAAUUUCCCCAUGUCGCCGCAUUGCCUCUUCCAGACUCCCUGUUUAUUGAGCAUUCAUCUUGGCUUGCUUGAUAAAUGUGUGCGGGAGGGAGGUUAUAUGACAUUUAUUGUUGUUAGCCGCCCUGAGCCCGGCUUCGGCUGGGGAGGGCGGGAUAUAAAUAAAUUAUUAUUAUUACUAUUAUUAUUAUUAUUAUUAUUAUUAUAUCAGCUCUUUAUUGAGCAUUCGUUCUGAUUUGUUUGCAGGAAGGUGUAUAUAUAUAUAUAUAUAUAUAAUUUGUUUACCGCCCUUCAUCUGUAGAUCUCAGGGCGCGGUUCACAGGUUAGAUGACAUCACACCAAGCAGUUUCUUUUCUUUUUUUUUAAAAAAUGUUUUUAUUAACAAAUUCCACAUAACAAAUUGUCAAAACAUAUCAUAUUCGUUAUUUUCCCCCUUUUUCCCCACCCCGCUUCAAACUCGCCCCCAGAGUCUUCCCUCAGCUCCUCUCUCUGAUUUCUCAGCACAUAUUACUCUCUGCAUUUUCUAACAUUACCUAUCUACCAUGUUAUCAACUAACAAAUUUGUGUACGUUUAUUCAAAACCUGCCAAGGAGUCCAAUUCAUUUUGUUGUCUUUUUAGAUAAGUUGUAAAAGCUCUUCCUUAAAGUCACAGUUGUCCUUGUCCCGCAAUUUGUAUGUCAUUUUAGCCAACUCUGCAUAGCUCAUCAAUUCUUUCUUUCGUUGGGACAUCAAGCAGUUUUCAUCUCACAUUUCCCUCCCCUUUCCGUAAUGCAGGAUGUCGGAUUUUAUUUUAUUUUUUGAAGGGGAAAAAACUGGGUUUGUUGUGGAAAAGCGCCAACUCCACAAACCGUGUGGCAAAAAUUUGCCGGCGUGUGAGUGAAUCCGAACGAAGUUUGGAAGUGGCUCACCUGCCGCAUGCUGGGAAAAGUUUCGGGAUGUUCUUGGGGCCACGCAGCUGUGGCAGGCACAAAAUUCCUGCCAGGAGCGCCAUGGCAGCCCAACUUAGCCCUGCAGGGUAGCAUGGGGGGGGAUACCCCCUUCUGCCUCCCCUCCCCCUAAUUUAGCCAGCUUCCGGCAGCUGUCUGGGUUAUCCAAAGGGGCCUUGUGUGCUUUGAUAGCUUAGAUCCCUGCUCUAUUUCUCUCUCCCUCUCAGAGGCUAAGAAUAUGCCAAGUUCCCUCCACACCCCUUCCUAUUUAUCCAGUGCUGACUAACACUUGGCUGAGGCAGUCCUAUUGUUCCCGGGAAAGUGCAGCCCUUCUUGUUGGUAGCUUUUGUGGGAUGGUGGAGAAGGCAGGGGGCAGGCAGUGGGUCCUUUGGCUCACCUCUGCAGUCUCUGCUGCUCUGCUCUUGCAGAGUCAGGCAGAGGACCGGGCCAGGUAGAUAAUGUGGCCCCCCUUUUUUUUUACCCUGGGGAUAACUCAUAGCUGUCAACCUUCCCUUUUUUUGUGGGAAAUUCCCUUAAUCCAGUGCUGUUUCCCGCUGCUAUCCCGGAUUGCUAGAUAUCCCGUAGACUGUCCCCGGGACAGGUGAGGCUGCUGAUCCCUUAUUUUCAAAUCUGAAAGUUGGUAGCUAUGGGAUAACUGAAGUCUUAUAAAUAAGUAUAUAAAUACUUUUCACAAACGUUAUGCUGACAAAUACCGUAUUUUUCGCUCUAUAAGACGCACCAGACCACAAGACGCACUUAGUUUUUGGAGGAGGAAAACAAGAAAAAAAGGGUUCGGAAUCUCAGAAGCCAGAACAGCAAGAGGGAUCGCUGCGCAGUGAAAGCAGCAAUCCCUCUUGCUGUUCUGGCUUCUGGGAUAGCUGCGCAGCCUGCAUUCGCUCCAUAAGACGCACACACAUUUCCCCUUUCUUUUUAGGAGGGAAAAAGUGAGUCUUAUAGAGCAAAAAAUACGGUAAUUUUAUUUCGAGGCUUGAACCGUAUCUGCAUAUAAAGACAAAAUGGAAAAUACAGUAAUACCUCUGGUUACGUACUUAAUUUGUUCUGGAGGUCCGUUCUUAACCUGAAACUGUUCUUAACCUGAAACUGUUCUUAACCUGAAGCACCACUUUAGCUAAUGGGGCCUCCUGCUGCUGCCGCGCUGCCGGAGGACAAUUUCUGUUUUCAUCCUGAAGCAAAGUUCUUAACCCGAGGUACUAUUUCUGGGUUAGCGGAGUCUGUUACUGUAACCUGAGGUACCACUAUAGAUAAAUACUCUGACCGAGGCCCCCUUUGGAAUCGGAGGUCCGGGCCAAGUGGCCCAUAUGGCCCCCCCUCUGUCUGGGCCUGCUGCUCUGUGGUCACCCAUGUUGAGCUCAUAGCUGUCAACCUUUCCUUUUUUUGUGGGAAAUCCCCUUAUUCCAGCUCCGUUUCCCGCUGCUCUCCUGGAUUGUUAGAUAUCCCGUAGACUGUCCCCGGGACAGGUGAGACUGCUGAUCCCUUAUUUUCAAAUCUGAAAGUUGACAGCUAUGAUUGAGCUGCUUAUAAGAAAGCAAAAGAGGAGCCCUGCUCCUUCAGCAUCCUGGCCGGCUGGCUAGCCGGAUGCCUCCUGGAAGAUCGCAAGAAAAGGUCAACAGCAGCCACACACACACACACACACACACACACACACACACCCUCCGUUUCUCUGUUCCCAUCAUUACAAGUCCUCCGAGAUAGACUGCCCCUAAACUCAGAGGCUCCAUUUCCUUUAACGCAGCUACUGGCGUUCAGGAACGCGGCUGUCAACAAACAGCCACGUCGGAAGCAAGUUGAGGGGAAGCACAUCCAGGUGAAAGUUGGAAACACGAGUCACGCGUAUGGAUUUAAAACAGGCGCUUAGUUGAAAGGAAGUGGCGGUUGUGUGUGUGUGUGAUCCACUGUUUGUUAGCCUGAAUGGAUGGCUAAAGUAUCCUGAACAUGCGGGGGGGGGGGGUGUUCCUUCAUUAGUGCUUGCCAAAGGGGCUGGAGCCAUGCAAGACACCUGGGGGCUUUGGAACGACCGACAUCUUCUUUGAAAUGUGUUUUCUGAAGAUAAUGCUGUGUGCAUUGGAAGGAAUUGGGGCCAGACAAAUUCAUGGAAGAUAAGGGAUCAAUGGUUACUAAGGUUGUUGUUGUUUAGUCGUUUAGUCAUGUCUGACUCUUCGUGACCCCAUGGACCAGAGCACGCCAGGCACUCCUGUCUUCCACUGCCUCCCGCAGUUUGGUCAAACUCAUGCUGGUAGCUUCGAGAACACUGUCCAACCAUCUCGUCCUCUGUCGUCCCCUUCUCCUUGUGCCCUCCAUCUUUCCCAACAUCAGGGUCUUUUGCAGGAGUCUUCUCUUCUCAUGAGGUGGCCAAAGUAUUGGAGCCUCAGCUUCAGGAUCUGUCCUUCCAGUGAGCACUCAGGGCUGAUUUCCUUCAGAAUGGAGAGGUUUGAUCUUCUUGCAGUCCAUGGGACUCUCAAGAGUCUCCUCCAGCACCAGAAUUCAAAAGCAUAAAUUCUUCAGUGAUCAGCCUUCUUUAUUAUGGUCCAGCUCUCACUUCCAUACAUCACUACUGGGAAAACCAUGGCUUUUACUAUACGGACCUUUGUUGGCAAGGUGAUGUCUCUACUUUUUAAGAUGCUGUCUAGGGUUACCAGUUUUUUUUCAAUGAAUCCGGGGACACUUUUAAACUUCCUACUAAAUAGAUGGAUUUUGUCAGGGGAACUGACUUGUAAAUCCAGGUACUGUCCCCGGGAAACGGGGACGUCUGGUAACCUUAUACUAAUGGCCACGUUCUCUCUCCCCUGUCGGCAGCAGCAUGCCUCUGAAUGCCAGUGCCUGGAAACCACAGUUGGGGAGAGCUCUGCUCUUCCACUCGUGUCAGAUUCCUGCCUUGCAGCGGGUUGGAAUAGAAAUAAUAAUAAUAAUAAUAAUAAUAAUAAUUUUAUAUAUACCCCGCCCUCCCCAGCCAAGACCGGGCUCAGGGCGGCUAACACCAAAUAUAAAACAAUUGAUUGAAAUACAGCUUAAAGAAUAAGAUUAAAAUACAACAUUAAAACAUUAAAAUGCAACCUCAUUUCAGUGGAAACGCAAUCAAAAACUUUUUGGGGGAUGAAAACGUCAAGUCUUCACCAAGGCCAACUAUCCAGACUGGUCCUACAUGGGCCAGAAAAAAGCCAGGGAAGUCCCCAAAGAGGAGUUCCAUCACAGAAGGAAAAAGGAAAGAGGGGGAGGGGAUCAAGUUGAUUCCAAGCCAAAGGCCAGGUGGAACAGCUCUGUCUUACAGGCCCUGCGGAAAGAAAUCAGAUCCUGCAGGGCCCUGGUCUCAUGAGGCAGAGCGUUUCAUCAGACCGGGGCCAGUGUUGAAAAGGCCCUGGCUCUGGUUGAGGCUAAUCUGACUUCCUUAGGGCCCGGGACCACUAGGAUGUUGCUAUUUAUAGACCUUAAGGUCCUCUGUGGGGCAUAUCGGGAGAGGUGGUCCCGUAGGUACGUGGGUCCUAGGCCGUGAAGGAUGACCCCCUGGGAUCCCUUCCAGCUUUACGGUUCUAUGAUUCUAUUUUUAGUAGGCUUCCUGACCAUUUGUGAUGAAACCCCAGCUGACAUGGCGUGUGUGGUUUGUGGUGCCUGCAACAUUGCAAAUAUUGACUCCUGUAAGAACUGACUCCUGGUCAUUGGAAUGAGUUGUGCGCCUUACAGGCGUCAGCCAUCCCCAUAACUUGAUUUUGACGCAAGCCGUUUCGGGCCCUUCAAAGCAGCGGUCUUUUCUUGUUUGUUUGUAAAUACUCAAUAAACCAUUUCCAUUCUUUUAUAAAAAGUUUGUUAUCUUGGUUUCUUAUCCUUCCAGUAAGUUUUGCCAGUUCUGCAAAGUCUGCAAGUUUUUGUAUUCAUUCUUCCUUUGCUGGGUCUUCUGCUUCUUUUGGGGCAAGUAGGAUUCUUGCUGCUGCAGUACCAUACAUAAAUAAGUUUCUAUACAUUUUAGGUAUAUAUAAUCCCCAGCUUUUUUUUUUUUUUUACAAAGGUUAUUUUAAACAUCCUUUUCAUUUCAUUAUAUAUCAUUUCCCAGUAAGCUUUAACCAUACUACAAGACCACCACAUAUGAUAAAAAGAAUAUUCUUUCUCUUUACAUUUCCAACACUUAUUCGAUUGAGAUUUGUAUAUUUUUGACAACUUCCUCAGUGUUAGAUACCGUCAAUAGAUCACUUUCAUAUGAUUUUCUCUUAGACCAUAACAUGCUGUAAAUUUUAUAUCCAUAUUCCACCAUCGUUCCCAUGCUUCCAUACUUGAGGUUUUUGUGUGCAUGUGGCAAGGCGAAGGAAAGCGGUUUCUGUGAAUGGUGGUCCCCAUUUCAAAUUCUGGCUGAGCUGUGUGUUUUGCACCAGCCAAGACCCAUUGCGGAUCAGUGUGCCUACACACCCACUGUGGGGGUGAGGGCAAAGCCCUUUCACAGCUCGGUUCAAAUCUCACCUGAGCUUCAAACUAAGGAAGUCUGUGUCUCUCAGCUCCCUUCUCUGCAGGAUGAAAACACUGGCCUAACCUCGCAGAGCUGUUGUGAGGGCCGCCUGGCGAACAUAUUGAUGGGUUGCGUACAAAAUGCUUGGCUACGUGGACAUUUAUGUUGGACUCACCAUAUCAUCCUCAUUAGGAAUCGUGUGAUCUUUUGAUAAAUUAAAUCUAAGAAUUAAUAUUAAUUCUUGUUGUCGUUUAGUCGUGUCCGACUCUUCGUGACCCCCUGGACCAGAGCACACCAGGCACUCCUGUCUUCCACUGCCUCCCAUAGUUUGGUCAAACUCAUGCUGGUCGCUUCGAGAACACUGUCCAACCAUCUCAUCCUCUGUCAUCCCCUUCUCCUUGUGCCCUCCAUCUUUCCCAACAUCAGGGUCUUUUCCAGGGAGUCUUCUCUUCUCAUGAGGUGGCCAAAGUAGUGGAGCCUCAGCUUCAGGAUCUGUCCUUCCAGUGAGCACUCAGGGCUGAUUUCCUUCAGAAUGGAGAGGUUUGAUCUUCUUGCAGUCCAUGGGACUCUCAAGAGUCUCCUCCAGCACCAGAAUUCAAAAGCAUCAAUUCUUCGGCGAUCAGCCUUCUGGAUGGUCCAGCUCUCACUUCCAUACGUCACUACUGGGAAAACCAUAGCUUUAAUUAAUAAUAAAUAGGAAUGCCUAAAACGAGAGGUAGGGACGUGGGUGGCGCUGUGGUCUAAACUAAGGUUACUAGAUUUUUUUCAAUGAAUCCAGGGACACUUUUCAACUUCAAUGGAUUUUGUAUGGGAACUCUCCCCGGGAAACGGGGACGUAUGGUAACCUUAGUCUAAACCACAGAGCCUAGGGCUUGCUGACCGGAAGGUCUGCAGUUCGAAUCCCCGCCACGGGGUGAGCUCCCGUUGCUCGGUCCCUGCUCCUGCCAACCUAGCAGUUCAAAAGCACAUCAAGUUCAAGUAGAUAAAGAGGUACCACUCUGGCGGGAAGGUAAACGGCGUUUCCGUGCGUUGCUCUGGUUCGCCAGAAGCGGCUUAGUCAUGCUGGCUACGUGACCUGGAAGCUGUAUGCCGGCUCCCUCGGCAAAUAAAGCGAGAUGAGCGCCGCAACCCCAGAGUCGUCCACGACUGGACCUAACAGUCAGGGGUACCUUUACCUUUAAAACGAUAGGUGCUCGAGUGAACAUCUGCCCCACCCCAGAGACUCUGGCUGAGAAUGUAAUCCCAGAUUCCUGCCAAUUCCUUGGUGGGCAGGAAUCGAUUGCCACCAGGGACGGAUUUAGGAUGAGGUACUAAAGGUAAUGGGGCCCUUUAUAUGUCCGGCUGUCCUUUGUCAACAACAAAUUGUUGCUGUUUUUUGUGUUGAAUAUAUGCUAUACAGUGGUAUCUCGGGAUGCGAACGGGAUCCAUUCCGGAGCCCUGUUCACAUCCUGAAUAGAACGUAAGACGCGACUGCGCAUGCGCGGGUCGCGUCUUGCUGCUUCUGCGCAUGCGCAUGAUGUCAUUUUGACUGUGCAUGCGUGAGCGGCGAAACCAGGAAGUAACAAGUUCUGUUACUUCUGGGUCGCUGCAGAGCGCAACCCGAAAAUACUUAUCCUGAAGCAUAUUUAUCCCGAGGUAUGACUGUAUGGUAAUUUAUGGACCUAAUAGGUAUCUCAAGCCAUUUGCACAUGUUCCCCUGCAACCAGUCCAUGCAGAAUGUAGGCACCCUAUACAGUGGUACCUCAGGUUAAUUCGUUCUGGAGGUCCGUUCUUAACCUGAAACUGUUCUUAACCUGAAGCACCACUUUAGCUAACGGGGCCUCCUGCUGCUGCCGUGCCGCCGGAGCACGAUUUCUGUUCACAUCCUGAAGCAAAGUUCUUAACCCGAGGUACUAUUUCUGGGUUGGCAAAGUCUGUAACCUGAAGCGUAUGUAACCUGAAGCGUAUGUAACCCAAGGUACCACUGUAUAUAGAAAGGAGCAAACCCAUGAUAUUUUAGGGAGCAGGCUAGCAGGUGGGGCCCAUGACUUACAUCAUAGGAGCCUACACAACACAAAACACUGUUGCUGUAUGUAGGAUUUUUAAAUGGUUUUUUAUCUUAUAUUUUGGAAAUAUACAUCCAGGUUUUUUCCCUUAAAUCUUUUUUUGGGGGGCCCAAGAGAGUGGGGCCCUAAGCUACAGCUUGUUUAGCUUAUACGUAAAUCCAGCACUGAUUGUACACUCUGCACCUGCUCAGAGAUAGCCUUUUUCCUUGGUAACCCCCUGGGGUUAAACCCUGGCUUCCUACGCCACCCCUCCCUAUCCGAAAAGAAAGCUACUGGGGCUGAAGCCUAGGAGGGCUGGACUUUUCUAGCUCAGUUCUUGUGUAGUACGCAGACCCUCCUUGCUCAAUGGAAGCCAGCUUUCCACCCACCCUUCUUAGCAGGGAGAGGACGACGCUUUGCUUCUGCAGACAAAUUUGGCGUUUCCCAUUUGCCCCGUUGCCCAGGUGACGGUCUCCCUCCCUCCCUCUUUUUUGCAGAGGAGGGGGCUCCUCUGGUCCCUGGGAAGACAGGCCCUUGAGGCCUGCAGCAGCAGCAGCAGAUUGCAAGGUGGUGAUGGGGGAAAGGAGGAGGAGGAGGAGGAGGCUGCUGUGGGUUGCCAUGGCAACUCUGUGGCAGAGAUGUAUUGUUGAGGCAGCAGCUAUGGGGAAGGCAGGGAGGAGAAGGAGAAGAUGCUGGCUUUGGGAUGCUGUGUGUGUGUGUGUGUGUGUGUGUGUGUGUGUGUGUGUGUGUUGGAGAAUGUGAGCACUCAGCCUUCUGGUAUCCAUGGUGCUGGCGCUUGGCCUUCUCAGGUGGCCUAAAAUAUUCCCCGUUUUUUGUUCCUAUGUACACACACACACACACACACAAACCCUCUGAUACUUGCUUGCUCACUCUCUCCCCUCAGUCGAUGCGAUGAAAGGCAGGCUGCAUUUUUAUAAAUAGCCAUCUAAGGACAGGAGUCCAGUCUUUGCUUUUUACGAAUCGCAGCAGCCAGCACAAUUUUCUAAGGACCAGCUAGCAGGGGAGAUGGGACAGAACAGACUUCUGGUUGCAAUCGAGGGGCCACCUCCCAGACCCCUGUUUUUGUGCAGACGUUGGGGGCUCCUGGGUACCCCUGGGCUUUUAAACCUGUGAUGCAGCCAGCAGCGGCCAUCUGCAGGAAACCAGCAAGCAAUAUCUGAGUACAAGAGGCCUUUGUGGCUUCCACCAACUUCAGAGGCCUCUUAUUGUAGAAGCAGAACAUAGCCUCCAUGGCUGUUGUUGUUGUUGUUUACUCGUUUAGUCGUGUCCGACUCUUCGUGACCCCCUGGACCAGAGCACGCCAGGCACGCCUGUCUUCCACUGCCUCCCGCAGUUUGGUCAAACUCAUGCUGGUAGCUUCGAGAACACUGUCCCACCAUCUUGUCCUCUGUCGUCCCCUUCUCCUUGUGCCCUCCAUCUUUCCCAACAUCAGGGUCUUUUCCAGGGAGUCUUCUCUUCUCAUGAGGUGGCCAAAGUAUUGGAGCCUCAGCUUCAGGAUCUGUCCUUCCAGUGAGCACCUAAGGCUGAUUUCCUUAAGGAUGGAGAGGUUUGGUUUUCUUGCAGUCCAUGGGACUCUCAAGAGUCUCCUCCAGCACCAGAAUUCAAAAGCACCCAUUCUUCGGCGAUCAGCCUUCUUGAUGGUCCAGCUCUCACUUCCAUACAUCACUACUGGGAAAACCAUAGCUUUUACUAUACGGACCUUUGUUGGCAAGGUGAUGUCUCUGCUUUUUAAGAUGCUCUCUAGGUUUGUCUUUGCUUUUCUCCCAAGAAGCAGGCGUCUUUUAAUUUCGUGGCUGCUGUCACCAUCUGCAGUGAUCAUGGAGCCCAAGAAAGUAAAAUCUCUCACUGCCUCCAUUUCUUCCCCUUCUAUUUGCCAGGAGGUGAUGGGUCCAGUGGCCAUGAUCUUUGUUUUUUUGAUGUUGAGCCUCAGACCAUAUUUUGCACUCUCCUCUUUCAUCCUCAUUAAAAGGUUCUUUAAUUCCUCCUCACUUUCUGCUAUCAGCCUGCAUGGCUAGUAGCCAUCAAUAGCCCUCUCCUCCACAAAUCUACCCAAUCCUCUUUCUUAAAAGAAUAUACGUUUUCCAUAAUUUUACAGUUACCAUCACUUAUCAUAUAACAACAACAACAAUUUAUUUGGACUACCAAUCCCAUCAGACCCUGGAGAUGAUGGGAGUUGUAUUCCAGAACCUCUGAAGAGUAGCAGGUAGGCAAAGGCCUUGAUUCUUUGAUACUCCCAUCAUCAGUAAUGGGCCAGAAGGACCAGGGAUCUGACUCACUACACAAGGCACCUUCAAGUGCUCAUGUGUUACAAUUAAUAAAUAAUAAUAAUAAUAAUAAUAAUACCCAGUCCAUCUGGCCGGGCCUCCCCAGCCACUCUGGGCGGCUUCCAACAGUAUAUUAAAAACACAUCAAACAUCAAACAUGGAGACUUCCCUAAACAGGGCUGACUUCAGAUGCCUUCUAAAAGUCAGAUAGUUGUUUAUUUCCUUGAUAUCUGGUGGGAGGGCGUUCCGCAGGGCGGGCGCCACUACCGAGAAGGCCCUCUGCCUGGUUCCCUGUAGCUUUGCUUCUCACAAUGAGGGAACCGCCAGAAGGCCCUCUGCACUGGACCUCAGCAUCCGGGCAGAACGAGGGGGUGGAGAUGCUCCUUCAGGUAUACUGGACCGAGGCCGUUUAGGGCUUUAAAGCUCAGCACCAACACUUUGAAUUGUGCUCGGAAACGUACCGGGAGCCAAUGUAGGUCUUUCAAGACCGGUGUCAUGUGGUCUCGGCGGCCGCUCCCAGUCACCAGUCUAUAUUCUUUGACUUCCCCACACAUCCAUCCAUGGGUCCUUUAUGAGCUGCAUCUCCUUAAUUACCACCCGUCUUCUAGUGGUUUCUACCUGCUGCUCAUAUAUCUAGCCCUACUUGCAAAUAAUUUGGUUACAGUGGAACCUCGGGUUGCGGAUGUAAUCCGUGACGGAGGCACGUCCGCAACCCGCAGCGUUUGCAAACAGAAGCGGUGCGUCUGCGCAAGCGCGUGACACAGUUUAGUGCUUCUGCACUAAAGGGUGCAGAACCCAAAGGGUGCUCAUCAAUGGUUCCUCUUCAUCCUGGAGAAGAGUGACUAGUGGGGUGCCACAAGGUUCUGUCUUGGGCCCGGUCUUAUUCAACAUCGUUAUCAAUGACUUGGAUGAUGGACUCAAGGGCAUCCUGAUCAAAUUUGCAGAUGACACCAAACUGGGAGGGGUGGCUAACACCCCAGAGGACAGGAUCACACUUCAAAACGACCUUGACAGAUUAGAGAACUGGGCCAAAACAAACAAGAUGAAUUUUAACAGGGAGAAAUGUAAAGUAUUGCACUUGGGCAAAAAAAUGAGAGGCACAAAUACAAGAUGGGGGACACCUGGCUUGAGAGCAGUACAUGUGAAAAGGAUCUAGGAGUCUUGGUUGACCACAAACUUGACAUGAGCCAGCAGUGUGACGCGGCAGCUAAAAAAGCCAAUGCAAUUCUGGGCUGCAUCAAUAGGAGUAUAGCAUCUAGAUCAAGGGAAGUAAUAGUGCCACUGUAUUCUGCUCUGGUCAGACCUCACCUGGAGUACUGUGUCCAGUUCUGGGCACCACAGUUCAAGAAGGACACUGACAAACUGGAACGUGUCCAGAGGAGGGCAACCAAAAUGGUCAAAGGCCUGGAAACGAUGCCUUCUGAGGAACGGCUAAGGGAGCUGGGCAUGUUUAGCCUGGAGAAGAGGAGGUUAAGGGGUGAUAUGAUAGCCAUGUUCAAAUAUAUAAAAGGAUGUCACAUAGAGGAGGGAGAAAGGUUGUUUUCUGCUGCUCCAGAGAAGCGGACACGGAGCAAUGGAUCCAAACUACAAGAAAGAAGAUUCCACCUAAACAUUAGGAAGAACUUCCUGACAGUAAGAGCUGUUCGACAGUGGAAUUUGCUGCCAAGGAGUGUGGUGGAGUCUCUUUGGAGGUCUUUAAGCAGAGGCUUGACAACCAUAUGUCAGGAGUGCUCUGAUGGUGUUUCCUGCUUGGCAGGGGUUUGGACUCGAUGGCCCUUGCGGUCUCUUCCAGCUCUAUGAUUCUAUGAUUCUAUGCACGAGCGGCGAAACCCGGAAAUAACCCGUUCCAGUAUUUCCGGGUUUGCCAUGGUGCGCAACCCGAAAACACGUAACCAGAAGCAAACAUAUCAUGAGGUAUGACUGUAUUAUAUUUCUUUAAGCAUUCACCAAAGUAUUCCCACUCCUCUCUUAUAUCCUGAUUCCUUGUCCUUGCAGUCAACAUUGCUAAUUCUGAAUAUUCUAUUAACUUGUUCCGCCAUUCUUCUUUCAUAUGACUUUUUUGUCCUUCCACCUUUGAGCAUAAAUAAUUGUGGCCGCUGCCGUUGUGUAUAGGAAGAGAGAUCAAAUACUUUCUUAGGUAUUUCACCCUCUAUAAUAUUCAAUAAGAUCAUCUCUGGGUCUUUGGUUUUGUUUUGGAAUGAGAGCUUUAACAUCCUUUUUAUCUCUGAAUAUAUCAUCUCCCAAUACUCUUUAGCUUUUUUACAACCCCACCACAUGUGUGUGAAUGUUCCCACUGUCUCUUCGCCUUUCCAACAUAGUUUAGUUCCUUUUUAAUGAAUUUCUCCAGUCCUUUUAAAGCCAUCUCACUUGGUGGCUUUUGCUGCCUCUUCUGGGAAGGAGUCCCAUAGUUUAAGAAAUAUUUCUCCUCCUUGGUGUCUUGUCAGUAGAAACUGACAGGAAGAGGAAGGCCUCUGGCUGUGCAGCAGAGGACACACUUCGCUUGCAGAAAGUCUCAGGUUCUGAGAGAGAGCUCAGUCAGUAGAGGGUGAGAAGCUUAUUCUCAGGUUCAUGGGUUCAAGCCCCACGUGGUGCAAAAUAUUCCUGAACUGCAGGGGGGUUGUACUAGAAGGCCCUUGUGGUCCCCUCCAGCUCUAUGAGUCUGUGAUUCAAUAGCUGUCCAACUUUGUAUAAGGCCUCCCACCCAGAGGAGUGAAUUGCUGCCAUUUGUCAGAGUGGCCUGGAGGACAUCAAGUGAACAGGGGGACUCAUUGCCACUGGAUGGGAUGGGCCUUUCAGGUCUUUUGCUAUCUCUUACAGUGGAAGGACCCCCCCGUGUGUCUCCCCCCCCCCCCGAUCUGCCCUGACUGUUGGCACAGUCUUUUCUCUGUGGGCAAAUUUCCUUCAUUUUUUUAUCGCUACCCUUAUCUUUGGUUAAUAGUUUUGCCUCUUUCUUCUUUUUCUGUGGUAUUAUUGUCUGUAGAGACUUCCUUCAUUUUUUAAUAGGUUCUCUUUUAUCCCCCACCCCCGCCCCUCCUGGUAUAAAGUGCUUGAAAACCUUUUCUUGUGUUUUCCUGCUUUCCUGGGUUUCUUCAGUAGUGAACCUUUGGUGUGUGUGUUUUCUCCUUGCGCUUUCUUCAUCUGGCGUGGCUGCUUGGUGGUGGCCCCCGCGAUACUUACCAAGUGCACUACCGUUUUCCUCUUGGGGAAUGUCCUUGAGGCUCUGCCCUCUGAUUUUUCAUCGCCUUUUAGCAAGGGGGAAACAUCUCAGAAGCUCCUCAACAGCUCCCACCAUACCUGUUAAGCGGGACUGUCAGCAUUCAAGCUGCAUCCUCUCAUUUUUCCGCCCUCGGUUUUGUCCGAGGGAACAUUUUAAAGGUUUUCUCCCCUUCCUUAUUUCCUCCUGCCUUUCAGGGUGUGUGCAUGUGUGUUUGAGGGAAACUUCAAAAAAAAACUGGAGGUGCAGUAAAGCACUAAAUCCUACUGAGUUUCUGGAGUACAGGGGGUUCAGAAAGGGGAAUGGAAUUUGUUGUUGUUGUUAUUGUUUAGUCGUUUAGUUGUGUCCGACUCUUCAUGACCACCUGGACCAGAGCACGCCAGGCACUCCUGUCUUCCACUGCCUCCCGCAGUUUGGUCAGACUCAUGCUGGUAGCUUUGAGAACACUGUCCAACCAUCUCGUCCUCUGUCGCCCCCUUCUCCUUGUGCCCUCCAUCUUUCCCAACAUCAGGGUCUUUUCCAGGGAGUCUUCUCUUCUCAUGAGGUGGCCAAAGUAUUGGAGUCUCAGCUUCAGGAUCUGUCUUUCCAGUGAGCACCCAGGGCUGAUUUCCUUCAGAAUGGAGAGGUCUGAUCUUCUUGCAGUCCAUGGGACUCUCAAGAGUCUCCUCCAGCACCAUAAUUCAAAAGCAUCAAUUCUUCGGCGAUCGGCCUUCUUUAUGGUCCAGCUCUCACUUCCAGACAUCACUAAUAGAAUAUUCCAAAAGAGGGUGUAGCUGGCUGGAGAGAACCUGGAAGAGAAGCACUCCACACCAUACCUUUCUCGCCCUGAUCUGGCCACAGUGAUUAUUGCGACGGCUUGAUUAUUGUAACUCGCUGUACAUGGGGCUGCCCUUGAAGCUGACCCAGAAACUCCAGCGGGUGCAGAAUGCCACGGCGAGGCUCCUUACAGGGUCCUUGCCAUGGGAUCACAUUCAUCCAGUGCUUUACCAACUGCACUGUCUCCCAGUGGAGUACAGGAUCAGGUUUAAGGUGCUGGUUUUGACCUUUAAAGCCCUAUGCAGCCUAGGACCCUCGUACCUAUGGGACCGCCUCUCCUGGUAUGCCCCGCGGAGGACCUUAAGGUCCACAAAUGACAACAGGUCCCAAGUCGCAAGGUGGUUAGAUUGGUCUCAACUAGGGCCAGGGCCUUUUCAGUACUGGCCCCGACUUGGCGGAACGCUGUGUCACAAGAAACUAGGGCUCUGUGGGACUUGACAUCUUUCCGCAGGGCCUGCAAGACAGAGCUGUUCCGCCUGGCCUUUGGUUUGGACUCGGUCUGACCCUUAUGUUUCCCUCCCCUUAUGGUUUUGAUCCAUGGGCUACUUUUAAAAUGAGGCUGCAUUUUAAAUUGUAUUUUAACCUCUAUUUCAAAUUGUCCCCCUCCCCAUUAUAUUUUUAUUGUAAUUUUACUGGUGUUAGCUGCCCUGAGCCCAGCUCUGGCCGUCUUGAGGGGCUGGGAGCUGGGGGCACUGUCAUACAGUGGUUCCGCUCCUUCCUCCUGGGCCGUGUUCAGAAAGUGGUGGUGGGGGAUGAGUGUUCAGACCCCUGGGCUCUCACUUGUGGGGUGCCUCAGGGUUCUGUCCUCUCCCCCAUGCUUUUCAACAUUUACAUGCAGCCGCUGGGAGAGAUCAUCAGGAGGUUUGGGCUGGUAGUUCAUCAGUAUGCGGAUGAUACCCAGCUCUACCUCUCUUUCAAAUCAGAACCAGUGAAGGCGGUGAAGGUCCUGUGUGAGUGUCUGGAGGCGGUUGGAGGAUGGAUGGCGGCUAACAGAUUGAGGUUGAAUCCUGACAAGACAGAAGUACUGUUUUUGGGGGACAGGAGGUGGGCAGGUGUGGAGGAUUCCCUGGUCCUGAAUGGGGUAAUUGUGCCCCUGAAGGACCAGGUGCGCAGCCUGGGAGUCAUUUUGGACUCACAGCUGUCCAUGGAGGCACAGGUCAAAUCUGUGUCCAGGGCAGCUGUUUACCAGCUCCAUCUGGUACGUAGGUUGAGACCCUAUCUGCCUGCGGACUGUCUCGCCAGAGUGGUGCAUGCUCUGGUUAUCUCCCACUUGGACUACUGCAAUGCGCUCUACGUGGGGCUACCUUUGAAGGUGACUCGGAAACUACAACUAAUCCAGAAUGCGGCAGCUAGACUGGUGACUGGGGGCGGCCGCUGAGACCAUAUAACACCGGUCUUGAAAGACCUACAUUGGCUCCCAGUACGUUACCGAGCACAAUUCAAAGUGUUGGUGCUGACCUUUAAAGCCCUAAACGGCCUCGGUCCAGUAUACCUGAAGGAGCGUCUCCACCCCAUCGUUCUGCCCGGACGCUGAGGUCCAGCGCCAAGGGCCUUCUGGCGGUUCCCUCAUUGCGAGAAGCAAAGCUACAGGGAACCAGGCAGAGGGCCUUCUCGGUAGUGGCGCCCGCCCUGUGGAACGCCCUUCCAGCAGAUGUCAAAGCGCUAAACAACUACCUGACAUUCAGAAGACAUCUUAAGGCAGCCCUGUUCAGGGAAAUUUUUAACGUGUGAUAUUUUACUGUAUUUUUUGUUUCUAUGGAAGCCGCCCAGAGUGGCUGGGGAGGCCCAGCCAGAUGGGCGGGGUAUAAAUAAUAAACUAUUAUUAUUAUUAUUAUUAUAAAUAAAAUUUAUUAUUUAUUAUUAUCAUAACAUUUGCAGUCUGUUAGUAUUUGUAGCGCUCAAAGCACGACACCUUUACAGCAUUCCCUUCCACUGGGUUCGGUUGUCUCCUUCCUUCUGCCUUGUUCCUUUGUUGUCGUGAUAAGGGGAGAGACCAUAGACCAGUGACUGAGCCAUGCAGCCCUGCCAAACACCUUUCUGUGCUCACCAGAGGAGACAGUACUGACCUAAAGCCUGUCCUGUGGAACUCCCUGCCUAGAGAUGCUCACCAGGAACCGUCCUUGCCUUCUUUCGAGUGUCCUCUAAAAACUGGGCCAUCUAGCCAGGCCUUCGCAAGAUGAUUUCCCCCUUUAAACCAGCCAGCAUCUACAGUGGUGCCCCACAAGACGAAUGCCUCGCAAGACGAAAAACGCGCAAGACGAAAGAGUUUUCCGUUUUUUGAGUCGUUCCGCAAGAUGAAUUUCCCUAUGGGCUUGCUAGUUCUUGCGAGUUUGUUUCCUUUUUCUUAAAGCCGCUAAGCCGUUAAUAGCCGCUAAGCCGCUAAUAGCCGCUAAGCCGCUAAUAGCCGUGCUUCGCAAGACGAAAAAACCGCAAGACGAAGAGACUCGCGGAACGGAUUAAUUUCGUCUUGCGAGGCACCACUGUACUGAUGUUUCACGGAUGUUUUGAAUUAGGUUUUAUAGAUAUUUAAAGACUGGCAUUUAAAAUUGCAUGUCAUACGUUGUAAGCGGCCUGGUGAUAUUUUAAGAAAGAGCGGGUGGUACAUUUUCAAAUAAUUAUAAAUAAACAAAUGGACAAUUAGCCCAAACUGGUAUAAGGCAUCUUCUGUUACUCACUUGCUCGCAGUCUUCUGCACUAAAGUGCCUUCCUCCUAUUCCCUUGUCGAUCUUCUCCUCCUUACCAGAACACUGUCUGUCUGUCUGUUUGUCUGUCUUACCUUCCAUUCCUUGUACCCUCCUUCUUUCAGCUGAGAGAAUAAUAAAUAAUAAAUAAUAAUAAUAAUAAUAAAUAUUUAUACACCGCCCUUCCCGGUUUAAAAACUGGGCUCAGUUUUUAACUGACAGCUAACAGCAAAUACAGUGGUACCUCGGGUUAAGUACUUAAUUCGUUCUGGAGGUCUGUUCUUAACCUGAAACUGUUCUUAACCUGAAGCACCACUUUAGCUAAUGGGGCCUCCUGCUGCCACCGCCGCACGAUUUCUGUUCUCAUCCUGAAGCAAAAUUCUUAACCUGAGGUACUAUUUCUGGGUUAGCGGAGUCUGUAACCUGAAGAGUCUGUAACCUGAAGCGUAUGUAACCUGAGGUACCACUGUAUAAAAGACUGAUUAAAAUACGACUUAAAAACAGCAUAAAACAGCAUAAAACAUAAAAUGCAGCAUCAAUAUCAACAAAAUUCUGAAAUUCAGGGGUUAUUUUCUUGGCGGGAAACAAAACAACAAAAACCCAGUCAGUAGACACCGAAUGAUCACCAGGGCUAACUGGCCAAGUUGGUCCUACUAGGGCCAGCAAGGAGACCAGGGAGACCCAAGCCUCAGGCCAGCCCCACCUGUGGGGUCGUCAUCCUGCACCCCCCCAACUCCAUUUAAAAACCUCUCAAUUGUUUUCUCCCCAAUGCAGGGACCACGGAGCGCGUGUGUCUGGUUCAAGGCACAGCAGAAGCCCUCAACGCCGUCCACAACUUCAUUGCCGAAAAGGUCCGGGAGAUCCCCCAGUCUGUAGUGAAGCCGGAAUCGGUCAAUAUCCUGCAGCCUCAGACAACUAUGAAUCCUGACCGAGCCAAGCAGGUGAGCGAGCGCGGGAGCCAAUCGCUUGUUUGUUAGAGGGGUUGGGAGCUGGGAGCUUCAGGUAAAGGGACCCCUGACCAUUAGGUCCAGUCGUGGCCGACUCUGGGGUUGUGGCGCUCAUCUCGCUUUAUUGGCCGAGGGAGCCGGCGUACAGCUUCCGGGUCAUGUGGCCAGCAUGACUAAGCCGCUUCUGGCGAACCAGAGCAGUGCACGGAAACGCCGUUUACCUUCCCACCGGAGCGGUACCUAUUUAUCUACUUGCACUCUGACGUGCUUUCGAACUGCUAGGUUGGCAGGAGCAGGGACCGAGCAACGGGAGUUCACCCUGUCGCGGGGAUUCGAACCGCCGACCUUCUGAUCGGCAAGCCCUAGGCUCUGUGGUUUAACCCACAGCGCCACCCGCAUCCCUGGGAGCUUCAGAGCGCCCCUUAAAAAUUAUAAGGGAAUCUUGGCUGGAUCAGGCCAGCCUGUUUCAGAGGCAGGGAACCUUAGUCCUGGGUGCCAAAUGUGGCAGCCCCCUGGGAUCACCUAUCUGAGGGUUGCCAUAGCUCACAAAGCGAAAAUCCAGACAGAAAGUCGUUGACUUUUUCGGGCAGAGCUGUUGAGCUUUUUAGUUUAGUGAUGGCCGAAGCUGACCAAAUGAGCUAUUUUUAAGGAAAUCAUCGCAAAUUUCAAGGAGUUUCAAGGAAAUUCACUAGAUUCCCUCUCCCCACACCCACCGCUGACCCUAAUUCACACCCCAAGUAUUUUUUGCCUGGCUGGAAUGUGUCCUUCAACUCUGACAACAGCCCUUGCUUGUCUGGAUUAAGGAAAGAGGGUUGUUUGUGUGUGUGUAGAAAUCAGCUUACUGUGCAAAGGUGAAAAUGGACAUUCCUUUCCCCUUCCACUGUUGGCUCUGGCCCCACCCAGACUUUCAUGUGGCCCUCAAAAGGUCGUCUAAAAGAAAAUUCGGCCCUCAGGCUUUUCCACGUUCCCUAGCCCCAGUCUUUCCCCACAUCCUCUGUUUGAUAGUUCCCACCAGAAGAAGAACACAAAGGCAACAGACCAUCCCCAGCAGCUGGUAUUACAUUUCAUUUCACUUUUAAUUUGUACGCCCCCUUUCUGUGUUGCUAUACGCAAGGCGGAGUAUAUACAAGCUGGAGAAACAAGAACGAUCACAAGCCAUAAGGCAAUGUGGUCCAAUACAAGAAAAGCCACAAUGAAAACAUAACUUUACAAUACGCAAUGUCUAUCGGAUUAAAGCCAUGUUGAGUAGUCCAUUGGAACAGAACAGAACCCAGUGGCAUCAAAUAUCAGCAUGUCAUAAACGGAAAUUCAUUCUUCGCCACUGCGAUAAAUAAUUGCUAAACUGUGAUCAAUAAAACAGAACGGCAAGUCACAAUGCAUAAAAUACCACAAUGCGUACAAAACCAUGUAAAAAGAUCAAAUUGAGAAACAAAGACACACAACUUAGAAAAUAAUAAUAAUAAUAAUAAUAAUAAUUUUAAAAUCCCUGAACUCUAUAAGACCCAGAUCUGCCAUCCCGUCUCUACUCGGAACUGACAAGGCCAUCCAUUGAGCCUUCAUGGACUGAUAAAGGACAGGGCUCUGUUUAUACAGCUGGGUCAUGAGUUUGCACAGCUCAAGCUAAUGGAUUUUAGUUAAUGGAUUCUUGAAGAAGCAAAUUUGGAAUUUUGGGGCCUGGUUCGGGUGACUGCACAGUCAUGUUUGGGUAACCUGUUCCUUCAACAAUGCGUAAAAUACCACAAAGCAUACAAAACCAUGUAAAAAGAUCAAAUUGAGAAACAAAGACACACAACUUAGAAAAUAAUAAUAAUAAUAAUAAUAAUAAUAAUAAUAAUAUCCCUGAACUCUCUUCCUAGCUGCUUCCGCCAUUCAUAAGAAUAGUCAUGGUCUGGGAAAGGUUCUCAGGUUCUGGAGGGUGGGGCAAGGCAGGUGGAAAAAGCCAUUGCAUUAUGGCCAGCAAAAAGUCUUUCUCCACAGAGAGAGUAUUUGCAGUGGUAGAGGUUCCAUUCUGAAUAUAGAGGUUCCAUUUAGCAGUAAUAGCUAAUGGCUAUGUGACAGAACCCAAUCUCCGUAAGUGUCUGAGCCUUCUUCUUCGGCUGAUGUGAUGAUAUAUAUUUUUUUUGGGGGGGGGGAAUGAGGUUGGGUCAAAUAGCAGCGAAGGGCUUUCUACCUGAGCACGUGGGAAACUUGAAAUGACAGUUCGAAGGAGUUCCGAAUUUGGUAAAUUUCUUAAAACUGAAAAUUUUGCCGUGACUCUCAGUCACAUUUCACAUUGGGAUUCUACUUGCCCAUUUUUUGGGGGGGACGGGACGCUUCUUUAACAAUAUCAAUUCCAGUUGAAUUUAAAAUGUAAGGUACAUAGGCUUCUGCCUUGAAUUUUAGCACUCAUUAUUGUUCGCCUUUGCAAAAUUGCCCAGGCGAAGAACAAUGAAAACAUUAACAACCUGAAAGCAAAAUGGAUCUAUUUGUUGUUGUUUUUUAAAAAAAUCUAUCAUCUAUCUAUCAUCUAUCUAUCAUCUAGCUAGCUAUCAUCUCUCUCUCUCGCUCUCUCUUUCUCUCUCUCUCUCUAAUCUAUAACUAUCAAUCAUCUAUCUAUCUAUCAUCUAUAUAUCUAUCUAUCAUCUAUCUGUCUAUCAUCUAGCUAGCUAUCAUCUCUCUCUCUCUAAUCUAUAUCAUCUAUCUAUCUAAUCUAUCAUCUAUAUCUAUCUAUCUAUCAUUCUCUCUCUCUCUCUCUCAUCUAUCUAUCUAUCUAUCUAUCUAUCUAUCAUCUAUCUAUCUAUCUAUCAUCUAGCUAGCUAGCUAUCAUCUCUCUCUCUCUCUAAUUUAUAUCUAUCUAUCAUCUAUCUAUCAUCUAUCUAUCGAUCAUUCUUUCUCUCUCUCUCUCUCUCUCUCUCUAAUCUAUAACUAUCAAUCAUCUAUCUAUCUAUCUAUCUAUCUAUCAUCUAUAUCUAUCUAUAUCUAUCUAUCUAUCUAUCUAUCUAUCUAUCUAUAUCUAUCUAUCUAUCAUCUAUCAUCUAUCUAUCUAUCAUCUAUCAUCUAUCAUCUAUCAUCUAUCAUCUAUCAUCUAUCAUCUAUCAUCUAUCAUCUAUCUAUCUAUCUAUCUAUCUAUCUAUCUAUCAUCUAUCAUCUCUCUCUCUCUAAUCUAUAUCUAUCUAUCUAUCUAAUCUAUCUAUCUAUCUAUCUAUCUAUCUCUAUAUAUCUAUAUCUAUAUUAUCUAUCAAGGGUGCUGAUAGCAUGCAGGAAGACUGCAUUUAUAUUUUCCCCAAUAGACCCUUUCCUCUUAACCAAGGGAGGGUUUGGCUAAAAAGAGCCCUGGUGGGGGUGGGGGUGUCUUUCUCCCACUUGAGGUUGUUGUGUGUGCAAGAGGCUGGCCCGUCCGACAGCUUUCCAUUGUCAGUCGGUUGUGCCGUUGCCAUGGCACAGCGAAGGGAAGGUGGCUUUGGGCUGAAAGCUGAAAACAAGGAUUAUGACAGAGGGAGGGUUGGGCGGGGGGGGAGGAUAUGGAAGGGAGAGUUUAUGUGGCUGGUAGAAUAAGGGACAAUGAAACAGGAAUCCUGUCACCCCUGACAGCCGAGGAAGGGUCUUUUCUUGAGAAGCUGGGAGGGAAUGCCUCCCCCACCCACAAAAAAAUGUUCACAUCUGUCUUAUGCCAAGUCGGGCUAGCCCAGCAAGCAGAGUUGAGACUAGAAGACGCCUGGUUUUAUUUGCUUAUUUCAUUUGAAGCAUUUCAUGCGCCUUUGAGAAGGUUCUCAGGGGUGGCUGACGAACACAAUGAUACCCGGUUUGUUUGGCGUCGAACAUAUAGGAAAAGAAAAGAAAAGAAAAUGCAACUAAAUGAAAAUGAAAAUGAAAAUUUUCAUGCAAAAUAGAAAUGUGAGCUGUUUCAUUCACAACCCCUAGAAAAAAUAAUGGCUAUUACUGGUGCUGGUGGAUAGUAAAAUUAUUUCAAAUGUUUGUUUUAAAUAUCAGGGUAUUGUCCUUGAUGUCUUAGGAUAGUCUCAUUUAAAGCUGAACAAGUACCGUAUUUUUCGCCCUAUAGGACACACUUUUUCCCCUCCAAAAAUGAAGGGGAAAUCUGUGUGCGUCCUAUGGGGCGAAUACAGGCUUUCGCUGAAGCUUGGAGAGCGAGAGGGUCGGUGCGCACCGACCCUCUCGCUCUCCAGGCUUCAGGAAGCUAUCAGCAAGCCUGGGGAGCCCGCGGGAGUUCCCACAGGGCUCCCUACGCUGCGGAUAGCAGCCUGCCGCCCGGCGCACAGGGUACCCUGAAGCAGAGCGCCCCACGCUUCAGGCAGACAUCGGCCAGCCCCACAAGCUCGGGGGACAACGGGGAGGCACAGCGCCGCCAUCCCGCUGUUCCCCGACCUGGUUUGGUUUCCCCGACCUGCUUUUGGGGGGGAAUUAAAGGGGGGGAAAAUUUCCUUUAUUUUCCCCCCAAAAAACUAGGUGCGUCCUAUGGGACGGAGCAUCCUAUGGGACGAAAAAUACGGUAACUAAGAUUUUUAAAAAGAAAAGGAUUGAAGGCCUUGACAGAAAUGGCAAAGGAGGGGAAACGGGCUCAGUGUCCUUUGAACACAUAAAGUCUCUGGUUUAAUUUCCAGCAGCACCUCACCAAGUAAUAAUAAUAAUAAAAAUAAAUUUUAUUUAUAUCCCGCCCUCCCCAGCCGAAGCCAGGCUCAGAGCGGCUAACAACAGUAAAACGAUAAAACAUUCUAAAAUCAUUUCAUUAUAAAAUUAAUUCCAAUCAAAUUAAUGGCAACCAUUGGGCUAGAAGUUCUGUGAGGAUUGCCAAAGGAGGGAGUCAGGCUGUGCCCUGGCCAAAGGCCUGGUGGAACAGCUCUGUCUUGCAGGCCCUGCGGAAAGAUGUCAAGUCCCGCAGAGCCCUAGUCUCUUGUGACACCAGAUCAGUAGGGCUGAUCAUGUCUCCUUUGAAAGCCUGCAGGAGAGCUGUUGCCAGUCAGAGAAGACAGCACUGGGGUAGAUGGAGCGCUGCAAUUUGACAUGGUCCCUAGGAGAGGUCAGCCUAAUGACUAGAGCAGAAGCAGCAAGGCGUCAGUCUGAACGGCUACCUGCAAGGAUGUCACAGCAAGGAUUUCAUGAGAGACUAAUUUUAGCACUAAAGUAUCUGGAAAUAGGACACAAAUUGGGGCAGGUCGCUCAGAGUGCUUAUGAGUUAAACUAGCGGAUGACGACUGAUGCCCUUCCAAAGGUAGAAGGGAUGCGAGACUUCCGGGGUGGCGCCUCCGGAAAAUGGCGGAAUUCCCUUCAAGUUGAAGGGAACCCGCUGCACGGAAGCUUGGGUCCUACCGCUACGGCGCAGCGGGGACCCUUAAAACCCACAGGCGGAUGAAGCCUGUGGACGUGGGACUCAGCGGGCACCGUGAGCGCUCUCUCCCCUUGUACAGGAGCCCGGUAACGGGCUCCGGAGUGGGAGGUGCGUGGUGCUGUGAGUCGACUGCUUCUUUCGUGCAGCAAAGCCGCACUGCCGUUUCCGGAGAGCGCUGCCUUUUUCCUGGGACAAUUUGGCAUCUAAAACAUCUAUCCGUGAGUACCUGAUCUUGGAAGAGCUGAAUUACUUUUAAGACUGGUGAAUAAAUAAAUAAAUUGGACUUGAAAUUGAAUUUAAUUGGGACUUGGAAUGAGAAGGUCUAAGCAGGAAGUCAACCUUCCGUUCUUUUGUUACGUGAAGAAAGCAAAGACAAAAUAUACUAAAGCUUGAAAAUUAAAUUCUGAGAGAACUAGAAUUCAACACCUAAGAUUUCUGAACCCCCCCUUUGACUGCAGGAGAAGAAGGGGGUUGUUUUGGACUUUAUAACCCUGCGGAAGUGAGUUUAAAACAAAGUAAUUUUCCACCGCCCUGAACCAGGAGCGGGCUGUCAGAACUGACGUCUUGAAGCUUGUCCAGCUCGACAGAUAGUUAAAAGAAAGGUAACAUUGUGACUCUACUGUUGCCUCUUGAAUUUUGAAGGGGGGAACUUUGGAUAAAGUGUAUCUGGAAAAGAAAGACUGUUGCUGAUGAUUUUCUCCGUUAUAAAAAAAAAGGAAAAAAAAAAGGUUUUCCCUCUAGUGGGAUUUAGUGAAACUGCAACGCAGAGAGCUUAAAAGUGAAGGACUAUAAUUGUGGGAAAGAAUUUUCUUUGACCCUGAAGGACAAUGCUUGUACAAAGGCUUGAACAAAUGUUCCUGGAAGGUUUUUCAAAACUAAGUGCCCAGCUGGACCAGAUGCGUCAGGAGACGACCUUGAUGACGGAAGUUACCAGAGCACAGCAGCAAGUAAAUGGAACUCAGUUAAAAUAUCUACAAGUAUAUGAACCUGCUGUAGUGAUGGAGGCUUCAGAGAUGGAGGGACCUUUGGACCGGCAGGAUCAGCCUUUGAACUUGAUAAAUGAACUUGGGAUAAAUCAGAUUCGGAAAGAUGAAAUGUGGUUAGAUUUGGAAAUGGGGGAUGGAUUGACCCCCUUUAUAUGGUUAUCUGGACUUUCCGAGUCUGGUGAUGGGCCAUCAGAGGAUUGGAGUAGUCGGAGCCUCCAAGUUUCAAGGAAACUUGAAGUGGUAUUAUCUGCUGUCUGGCUUGGACAAUGGGCAUGGGAUGGACUUGUUGCAAAGGGUCAAAAGUAUCUUUCUGCUGGAGUACCCACGACUGAAAGGGAAACAUCAAGAAGAGCUGCGAAAGGGGCAAGAAAGAGAUUUGAGGGCCUCGGACACGAGACAACCAGGUUAAGGAGCCGGACUAUUGAGGUUAAAAGGACUGACAAUCCCGGGUCCAGGGGAGGGGCGCUGGAAGUUGACUGGAUUGUGUCUGACUUAUUAUCUUAUUUUAUUUUUCUAUUUUUCAAUAUUGGGAACGUUCAUAAAUGUUUGAAAGAUGUUGAAUGAAACUAUAUGGCUUAAGUAAGGAUUGGUAAAUGAUUUGCAAAAAGGUAAUGAUGUAAGAAUUUGGUAAAUACUGAAUAUAAGCUUUGAGUUUUAAAGUUUUUAUAUGACAAGAGGGAAAGUAGAAUAAGGAAAUGUAAUGAUAGAAUGUUAUGAAAAAACAGAAAGGAUUUGCUGUAAAAAUUAAAAAUUAAGAAACAAGAGAGGGAGGAGGAGGAAGUCUAGAAAGGAAGUUAAUAGAGAUCGUAAAUGAUUUUAUACUUUUGUUUUUCUUUUUUUCUUUUUUUCUUUAUGGUUGGUUUUUUUCUUUUUUAUUUCUUUAUCGUUUUUGCUUUUUGUAUUUUCAAUUUUUUUGGAAAUUUUUGUUGUUAUUCUUUGAAAACUUAAUAAAUAUUAAUUAAAAAAAAAAAAAACAAAGGUAGAAGGGAUGCUUCUGUCUGGGGGUCUACAAAUUUGGCCGGGCCAUUGCGGCCAACCCCAGAUUACUGGUCAGCAGAACACUACACCCCUCCCCAAAUAUUUGGCAGCCUUGUUCCUGGUUACAGUCGUAACUUGGUUUCCGAACAGCUUAGUUCUUGAACGUUUCGGCUCCCGGACGCCGCAAACCCGGACACCAGAGGUCCUCUGGCUGGGUCGGGAUGACAUGGGGUUGGGGAACCAACUUCCAUCUCUUGCGGGGGCUCACUUAGUGCCAGCGCCUUCUGUCAAGAGCUUGGGUGUAACCUUCAACGCCUCCCUUUCCAUGGAGGCGCAGGUUGCAGCCACAGCAAAGGUGGCAUUUUUCCAUCUCCGCUGUAUUAAGCAGUUGGUCCCUUACCUCUCUCGCCCUGACCUAGCCACUGUGAUCCAUGCGAUGGUCACCUCCAGGCUUGAUUAUUGUAACUCGCUGUACGUGGGGCUGCCCUUGAAGCUGACCCAGAAACUCCAGCGGGUGCAGAAUGCCGCGGCGAGGCUCCUUACGGGGUCCUUGCUGCGGGAUCACAUUCAUCCAGUGCUUUACCAGCUGCACUGGCUCCCGGUGGAGUACAGGGUCAGGUUUAAGGUGCUGGUUUUGACCUUUAAAGCCCUAUGCAGCCUAGGACCCUCGUACCUAUGGGACCGCCUCUCCUGGUAUGCCCCGCGGAGGACCUUAAGGUCCACAAAUGACAACAGGUCCCAAGUCGCAAGGUGGUUAGAUUGGUCUCAACUAGGGCCAGGGCCUUUUCAGUACUGGCCCUGACUUGGCGGAACGCUGUGUCACAAGAAACUAGGGCUCUGUGGGACUUGACAUCUUUCCUCAGGGCCUGCAAGACAGAGCUGUUCUGCCUGGCCUUUGGUUUGGACUCAGUCUGACCCUUAUGUUUUCCCUCCCCUAUGGUUUUGAUCCAUGGGCUACUUUUAAAAUGAGGCUGCAUUUUAAAUUGUUUUGUUUUGUUUUUUCCCCCUAUUAUGUUUUUAUUGUAAUUUUAAUGGUGUUAGCCGCCCUGAGCCCAGUUCUGGCCGGGGAGGGCGGGGUAUAAAUAAAAAUUAUUAUUAAUUAUUAUUAUUAUUAUAGAUAGAUAAGGAAGGAAGGAAGGAAAUUGUCCUCUUCAAUAGUGCCUUCAAAGCAUGCUGUCACCUGGAGAUAGUCCAGGCAUCCCCAAACUUACCCAUCCAGCUGCUUUGGGACCACAGUUCCCAUCAUCCCUGACCACUGGUCUUGUUAGCUAGAGAUGAUGGGAGUUGUAGUACCAAAACAGCUGGAGGGCCGAGUUUGGGGAUGCCUGAAAUAUUCCAUCAUCUGUCUCCCCAGCUUCAAACUCCUUUCUUUUUGCACUCAUUGCAUUUGUGCCUGGGGUGGGGGCAGCGGGGGGCACAUCCAGUGAUGACCAGAAUUGUGGAGCUUUGUUAAUGUCAUCUGGGUCAGGUUUUCUGCCCCCAGGGGUACUCUUUGACCACAGGAGUGUCUUCAACAUCUAUUUUCAGAGCUGGCCGGGUCCUCCUGCCUGGAGGAGACAAUUCACAGAUUACAUGGCUUUCCCCUGAGUUCGGGUAAAGCACCCGGCUGCCAGCAGAGAAAGACUUUCUCCUCUGGUUCCCUGCUCUCUCCCAGUCCCCUUGCCACUAAUCCAGCGCCCUUGCUCUCUGGGUUGGACGAGGCGACGGAUAUCGGGAGGUGCCUGUCGCUCGAUUACAUAAGAGCAUUUCCUUGCUAAAUCUGGACGGCUUUCUGCUUUCUCGGCGGUUAUAUAAAGGCAUUGGGGUGGCCGGGGUUGAGAAGACCCCUCCCUCUCCGUCAGAAAGCCCCUGAAGCCAUCUCUGCGAACACCCACUCUUCCACCCCCUCCCUCUCCGCCCCAUGUGCCAACUUUCCUCGCAUCAUCUUCAGCUGCUGCCUUCCAACCGUUCGGCAAAGUCUGUUGAAAUCUCCAAAACCAGAGCAGGCUUUCUGGAAAGGAAGCCCAAAAUCAGGGGUCAGCAAGCUUUUUCAGCAGGUCCACUCUCUCUUAGACCUUGUGGGGGACCGGACUAUAUUUUUUUGGGGGGGGGGAAUGAACGAAUUCCUAUGUCCCGCAAAUAACUCAGAGCUGCAUUUUAAAUAAAAGCACACAUUCUGCUCAUGUAAAAACACCAGGCAGGCCCCACAAAUAACCCAGAGAUGCAUUUUAAAUAAAAGGGCACAUUCUACUCAUGUAAAAACAUGCUGAUUCCCGGACCCUCCAUGGGCCGGAUUGAGAAGGUGAUUGGGCCGGAUCCGGCCCCCGGGCCUUAGUUUGCCUUUGUUGUUGUUGUUUAGUCGUAUAGUCGUGUCCGACUCUUCGUGACCCCCUGGACCAGAGCACGCCAGGCACUCCUGUCUUCCACCGCCUCCCGCAGUUUGGUCAAACUCAUGCUGGUAGCUUCAAGAACACUGUCCAACCAUCUUGUCCUCUGUCGUCCCCUUCUCCUUGUGCCCUCCGUCUUUCCCAGCAUCAGGGUCUUUUCCAGGGAGUCUUCUCUUCUCAAGAGGUGGCCAAAGUAGUGGAGCCUCAGCUUCAGGAUCUGUCCUUCUAGUGAGCACUCAGGGCUGAUUUCCUUAAGAAUGGAUAGGUCUGAUCUUCUUGCAGUCCAUGGGACUCUCAAGAGUCUCCUCCAGCACCAUAAUUCAAAAGCAUCACUUCUUCGGCGAUCAGCCUUCUUUAUGGUCCAGCUCUCACUUCCAUACCCAUGCUCAAAAUGCUUGUCUUGUUCUCCCACACAUUUCAUGGCAUGUCCUCUCCUUCCUUGCCCCUCGCUCUUUAUUUUGGGGUAUAAUUCUGCAUAAGAACGGAACGCGGCAUUGCCUGCACAGCUACUCAUAAUUAAUCUCCCUUUCGUUGUUAUUAUUUUAAUGAGAAAAGGCAAGCUUCUGGAUUUCAUGGUUGUGAAAAUCUGUUAGGUUGGUUGGGAGCAGCGCCUGUAGGAAUCUCAGAAGCCAGUGGAGUUACUGAAUAAAAUUUUGGGAGAGGGCCUUAACUCCUUGGAAGAUUACUUAUACCCCGCCCAUCUGGCUGGGUUUCCCCAGCCACUCUGGGCAGCUUCCAACAAAAUAUUACAAACACGAUAAAACAUCAGACAUUAAAAACUUGCCUAAACAAGGCUGCCUUCUAAAAGUCAGAUAGUUGUUUAUUUUCUUUACAUCUGAUGGGAGGGUGUUCCACAGGGCGGGUGCCACUACCGAGAAGGCCCUGUGCCUGGUUCCCUGUAACCUCACUUCUCGCAGUGAGGGAACCACCAGAAGACCCUCGGCGCUGGACCUCAGUGUCUGGGCUGAACGAUGGGGGUGGAGAUGCUCCUUCAGGUAUAUUUGGCCGAGGCCGUUUAGGGCUCUAAACACUUUGAACUGAGCACCAACAAUUUGAAUUGUGCUCGGAAACCUACUGGGAGCCAAUGUAGGUCUUUCAGGACUGGUGUUAUAUGGUCCUGGUGGCUGCUCCCAGUCACCAGUCUAGCUGCCGCAUUCUGGAUUAGUUGCAGUUUCUGGAUCACCUUCAAAGGUAACCCCACGCAGAGCGAAUUGCAGCAGUCCAAGCAGGAGAUAAGUAGAGCAUGCACCACUCUAGUGAGACAGUCUGCGGGCAGGGAGGGUCUCAGCCUGCGUACCAGAUGGAGCUGGCAGACAGCUGCCCUGGACACAGAAUUGACCUGCGCCUCCAUGGACAGCUGUGAGUCCUAGGCUGCAUAUUUCAUGUAGGUUCCAGAAUUUGAUUCUCAAGGGGAGUCAGAAUUCUGAUUCUCCUUUCCCCUCUUUUCUUCUUAGCUCAGAGCCCUGGCUGUAAGCAGAGCAGGUUAAGAGCAGUGGACUCGUAAUCUGGUGAACUGGGUUCACUCCCCCGCUCCUCCACAUGCAGCUGCUGGGUGUCCUUGGGCUAGUCAUACUUUUUUGAAGUCUCUCAGCCUCACUCACCUCACAGAGUGUUUGUUGUGGGGAAGGAGGGGAAAGGAGAUUGUUAGCUGCUUUGAGACUCCUUAGGGUAGUGAUAAAACGGGAUAUCAAAUCCAAACUCCUCUUCUUCUUCUUCUUCUUCUUCUUCUUCUUCUUCUUCUUCGUGUGUGUGUAUGCCUCAGUUUCUCCUAAGGCUAGGAUAAAGGUAAAGGGACCCCUGACCAUUAGGUUCAGUCGUGGCCGACUCUGGGGUUGCGGCGCUCAUCUCGCUUUACUGGCCAAGGGAGCCGGCGUCCAGCUUCUGGGUCUUGUGGCCGGCAUGACUAAGCCGCUUCUGGCAAACCAGAGCAGUGCAUGGAAACGCCGUUUACCUUCCCGCCGGAAUGGUACCUAUUUAUCUACUUGCACUGGUGUGCUUUCGAACUGCUAGGUUGGCAGGAGCAGGGACCGAGCAACGGGAGUUCCCCCCCAUCGCGGGAGUUCGAACCGCCGACCUUCUGAUUGGCAAGCCCUAAGCUCAGUGGUUUAACCCACAGCGCCACCCGCCACCGGCUAGGUUGCCUGGAGCCAAAUCCAGGCUGUCUCACUUUAACUCCUGGAUAGCUCAGUUGGUUAGCGCAUCGUGGUGAUAAUGCGGGAUAUAUGGGACAGGUGUAUUAUCAUUGCAUUACAGGAGCUUUGAUUCGAUGAUCCCUGGGGUCCCUUCCUAUGAAUCCUUCUACAAAUAUAUGAAUGCAAUAACUCCAACUCAUAAAAGCACAGGGAAAGAAACCACUGGUGACCUAGAACAGUCUCACGCUGGGUGCUCCUGGAAGAAUCUGUGUUGCCCCUCCUUCAGGAGCUAUUAGGGUAGUUGGGUGAACACACCCACCCUGAACUUGCUGGACCCAACUUUUCCUGAGAGCAGAUGAAGACCAGCAUUUGAAUGUGAGGGUUGGGGGCUGUUGCUCUCCGUGGUGCUGAAUAAUCUCCUUCCUUUGCACUGAUAGACUACCGGUAUAUGCAUUUUUCCCCCCUGGAUGGCAAAUAAGGUCACGGCGGGGAAAGUUCAUAAAUACAUAAAUAAGGAGGGGUGGAGUUUGUGGAAUUAAUGGCAGGCGAGUUAGGACUUCAGUCUUUAGGAAAGCAUAGAAAACCACAAUGGUGCGUUCCUUGUAGAGCUUUCAUCAGAUUCUGAAGGUGAAUCUCUUUACCGUGGCCGCUGAGGUAUAUUUGCAGGUUUUAAAAUGCAAAUUGUUCUAACUGAUUUGAAUAUUAUAUUAUUAUUAUUAUUAUUAUAUUGUUGUAACCGACUCUUGGGACCUUAUGGUGAUGAUUUUUUAAAAAUAGUUUUCAUUUGAUUUUUCAAAUAUAGAUUCAUAACAAAACCAAACACCUCUCCCUAUAUAGAGAUUUCUCUGAAUCUCGAGACCUCCCCCAUGUCAGCGUUUUCAACCGCAUAUAACAUCAAAUCUAUAUUUUAUAUCCAUCCAUAUUCUCCAUAGAGUUUGUUACAUUACAAGUGAGAUUAAAAUCCUGCUCAUGUUUUCAUCUGCUUACAGUGGUCUCUUAAAUAAAUUAUAAUGGUUUUCCAUUCUUUCUUGAAGUUUUUCUCUUCUUGGUUCCUGAGCUUUCCGGUCAGUUUUUGCCAUUACGGCGUAAUCCAGCGGCUUAGUUUGCCAUUCCUCUUUACUUCUUUCCAUCUCUUACUUCUGUGUUUUAACUCUGUGGUCCCUCUGCCAUUCUGCUAAGGUAGCCUUGCAGCCUGUGGAACCUAAGCAGUUUGAAGGCCCUAUAGGUGGGAAAGCAGGAAUAUACGGUAUAUUAAGGUUACCAGAUUUUUUUCAAAGAAUCCGGGGACGCCUUUUUUUUUUUUUUGAAAAGAGAAAAAAAAGUUAUUUAAAAAUAAUAAUUAAGAAGUAAUGCCUUCUCUGCUGUGGUCUCCUCUGUCGCGCGGCCUUCCUCUGGGCCCCGGCCUGUUCUCUUGGUGCGCUAGCCGCCAUGGAGUAGGCUCGGGUCAGGCCUGGGUUCGGCCACGUGUCCUUGCCCUCCUGGUGCUCUCCAACCUCUCCUCCUCAGCCGCGGCGGCACAGCAAGGUCGGGGCUCCCCUCUUUUUCUCCUUCCUCUUGCUCUCUCUGCCUUCUCCUUCUCCUCUCCUCCUUCUCCCUGCAUCGGCUCCAGGGUUUUCCUGGCCCCGGAGCGCCGCUGGGCAGUCGGCCGGGUGGCUGGGUGCUCUCACUCCCAGCUCAAUUUGGAUUGUGGGGGGUGUGUGUGUCAGCAGUUCCCCCAGUUGAUGCACCGGGCGUCCCCGGUUCCCCCUUAGCAGUGGCGGCGGCAGCGGCAGUCUCAGCAGCCCAGAGCCAGCCUGGUAGCAGAGUUGGCUCCGGCUGGUUUCAGGAGCUUCGUCAACAAUGUUUAGGCAACACGAUGACCAUAUACAUAUAUAAUAGACAAUCUAUAGAAUUCCUUCAAACAAUAACAAGUUCAAAAUGAAAGCUUAGACUCAAAGUCUCUGAAAGUCUUUAAAUGAAGUGAGGUACCAAACUUUGUACGAGGAAAGAUAAGCUGUGAAGCUUUGUGUAUUCAGCAAAUAUAAUGUCCAACACUGAACAGAGAUUCCGGAUAUUGACUAGUGUUUUGUAGAUCUUUGUCAGUGUGGUGGGAGAAUAUAGAAUUGUUUCAUAAACUGAAAAUAAAAUUUUAUAGACGAUGACCUGCAUGACAUAUCACUUUACAAAAAUUAUAAACUGUGAUACAAACAGUAAUGAAAAAGAGUACAUACCUCAUCUUAUUUCGUGAAUGAAAAUAUCAAAUGCUGUGGAACAGUGCUCAUGUAAUAAUGUAGUCACUGCUACUAACAAUAUUUUUUGAGAAACAUAUAAAGCCGACUCCAGGUGAUGCUAAUAACAAUGAGGUUGAGUUUAAAGGUACAGUGCUUCAAGAGCUGCCCACUGCCAUGGCGCCUGCCAUGUUCCCUUGCCGGAAGUCCCCAUAUGAUGUGUCUUGUGCCGUUGAACCCAUCACACAACAUUCAUUCCCUACUAAUAAAUCUGCAACACUUAAAAUAUAAAUCCGGGGACAUUCCGGGGACGGAUGAUAGAUUUGUAAAUCCGGGGACUGUCCCCGGGAAAUGGGGACAUCUGGUAACCAUAAUAUAUAUAGGUAAAGGUAAAGGGACCCCAGACCAUUAGGUCCAGUCGUGGCCGACUCUGGGGUUGCGGCACUCAUCUCGCUUUAUUGGCCGAGGGAGCUGGUGUACAGCUUCCGGGUCAUGUGGCCAGCAUGACUAAGCCGCUUCUGGCGAACCAGAGCAGCGCACGGAAACGCCAUUUACCUUCCUGCCGGAGUGGUACCUAUUUAUCUACUUGCACUGCUGUGCUUUCGAACUGCUAGGUUGGCAGGAGCAGGGACCGAGCAACGGCAGCUCACCCCGUCGUGGGGAUUCCAACCGCCGACCUUCUGAGUCCUAGGCUCUGUGGUUUAACCCACAGCGCCACCCGCGUCCCUGUAAUAUAUAUACCUGUACAUAUAAAUGAAACCUCAAACUCCUCCUCUUCUUCUCUCGUUUCCCCCCAAUGCAGGCCAAGGUGAUUGUUCCCAACAGCACAGCCGGGCUGAUCAUUGGCAAAGGCGGGGCCACGGUCAAGGCCAUCAUGGAGCAGUCUGGAGCCUGGGUGCAGCUGAGCCAGAAGCCUGAGGGCAUCAACCUCCAGGAACGCGUGGUGACCAUCAGCGGCGAGCCCGAGCAGAUCCACAAGGCGGUGGACAUCAUCGUGCAGAAGAUCCAGGAGGACCCGCAGAGCAGCAGCUGCCUCAACAUCAGCUACGCCAACAUCGCUGGCCCUGUGGCCAACUCCAACCCCACCGGAUCCCCUUACGCCAACUCCACGGACGUGCUGCCCGCCGCUGCGGCCGCAGCCACCGCUUCGGGCCUGCUGGGCCACACCAGCCUCGCCGGGGUGGGAGCGUUCCCGGCCGCCCUGCCGGGCUUCUCUGGCAGUGACCUUUUGGCCAUCAGCACGGCUCUCAACACCUUGGCGAGCUAUGGAUACAACACCAGCUCUCUGGGGCUCGGCCUCAACUCAGCCGCCGCCUCCGGAGUGCUGGCCGCCGUGGCCGCCGGCGCGAAUCCAGCCGCCGCCGCCGCCGCCAACCUCUUGGCUUCCUACGCCAACGAAGCCUCCACCAGUACCACCACCCCAGCCGGCGCCGUGGGGGCCUUCACGUUGGGUUCCCUAGCCGCUGCCACCGGGGCAGCCAAUGGCUACUUGGGGACAGCCUCUCCACUGGUGGCCAGCUCCUUCUUGGCCACAGAGAAGCUGGUGGAAAGCGCCAAAGAUAUGGUGGAGAUUGCCGUUCCGGAGAACCUAGUGGGCGCCAUUUUGGGGAAAGGCGGCAAGACGUUGGUGGAAUACCAGGAGCUGACGGGCGCCCGUAUCCAGAUUUCCAAAAAGGGGGAGUUUAUCCCGGGUACUAGGAACCGUAAAGUCACCAUCACAGGCACUCCGGCCGCUACGCAAGCGGCGCAGUAUCUUAUCAGCCAGCGAGUAACGUAUGAGCAAGGAGUCCGAGCCACCAACCCGCAGAAAGUGGGAUAAGAGAAGGCCGGAGGGAAGUCUGGGGGAAGGAGUAGAAUUCAAGUCAAUUCUUUAAUCAUUAAAAUUGUAACCUACCCAACACCAGCCCCAGUCCAGUGUCCAUCUCUCUCUCUUACACACACACACACACACACACACACACACACCCUUCUGCUUGGGAAGCAGCCCAGCAUUCGUUUUCCUGGACCUUUAUUUUGCCAAUGGUGCAACCUGUUUGUGUGUGUGUGUAUAUAUACAGGUAUAUAUACAUAUAUACACACAUAUAUAUGUAUAUAUAUAUGUCGACAUUUUCUUUUUGAGUUGAUAUGGAUUUUAAUAG